GGGAUCUCCACCGGAGGGCUCAACAGUUCAACUCUCACCGAGCCGAGAGGAGGACGGAGGCUCCCCCACCGAAGAUGUGAAGAUAAAAACGCCGAGCUUCAGCGAACCCCGAGCAGCUCUCGACCGCGUCUCAUCGGGGAGAAGUCUUUUUUUUUUUUAGUACAUGCAUUUUUGCUCACGAUUUUAUUUUAUUUUUUCAUUUUUUAAUUAACGCAUUUGUGCGCGAGCGCUAUGGCAGUUCAGUUCACAUCCGGGCCACAAUGCCUUGACUCCAUUAUUGUCUAAAAACUGGCGGAGAGGUUGAUAAACAUUGUUAUUUCUCACCGCUAUCCACUCAUUUUUGACUCUGAGGCGUGAAGGCUGGAACCAAGAGGACAUGUCUAACCAAGGAGUUCGGCGGAAUGGCCCCGUGAAGCUGCGAUUAACAGGUAGCUAGCAAUGCUUUUAAAUCCCUGAAUAUAUCCCCCCACACACAAGCUAGGAGGGCGCCGUCUACUUGCUGAAGGGAACAGUUCCCAUGGGCCAUGGAGUUGGCUAGCCGCCUGUUCUCACUCGUGCUUUCUAGCGGUUUUACUACCGCCUACAAUGCAUUAUUUAGUCGUGUGCUUAAGUGGUGGUUUGCAUUGAUUAAACUGUAUAAAUAGCCCAAUAGUUAACGGUCAAUAUAGAUAAUAUUGUUCUUGGAAAUAGACUGAACCAUUUGAUUGUCACCACCAGCACUGCACGGGUUCAAGCACCACUCUACCAAUGCACUCUGUUAACCUGCUAUUAAGUGAAUAAUCGCCUCGAUAAAGCCGAGUUAUGUAAUGUUAUCUUGCAUGUUUAUUUUAUCUUUAAUGAUUUAAUCUUAAAGUGAAGGAGAGCUACCUAACUAUCACACUAUUCUGCUGACAGACACACGAAGUUGGCUAGCUGACGUUAGCCUAGCCAACCACAUAAAACAGAGUCCUCAAAUGAAAGGAAAGUCUGGGAUAAGAUUACAGGCAGCUCCACAGGUCACAAAAGUCUGAAAGUAAACAUGGAGAGAUGUCUCAUUACUGCACUGAUAGACAGCUGCCUCCAUUGAGUGUUAUUUUAGUUCACACAGGUCACAGUUAUGCUGCAUGCCUCUAUCCCCUCUCUCAUAUAAAGCAGUCCUGAAGUUAAGUCUCCUCAUGUAGAGAGUAGUUUGCUGUUUGGUCAUCUCCCCACUGCUCCCCCUCUCAUGUAAACACAAGAAAAGGUUUACAUGAGAGCACAGUGUUUUGACUGGGAGAAGUGGCCGACAGCUGCCCCCUCGGUUUUUUUGAUGCACAUCCAGCAUCUGACCUGAAUCAAAGUCCACGGCGGUCUUUCCCCUCAGGAAGGGCCAAAUUAAAUAUUUAAACUGGUGCUGUUUCUGAUUGGAAUAAGUGGAGACAAAUAGUUGGGAGAUUUGAACAAGAUGGAUGGAGUGCUCUGGAGGUGCAAGAUGGCCAAGGGCAUCUAACUUGGAGCUACUCUUUAGUGUCAGAGUAAAAGAGAGGAGUAUUUUGGUAAUAUUUCACAGUGAUUUUGUUGAACUAAUACAUACUCAUCAGUAGAGAAUGAUUACUGAAUAAUGUGAUCCUUGCAGUGUUGGUUUCAUUGACGAAAAUAUUUCGUCAUAGUCAAUGAAAACAACAUCAUUUAAUUCAGUCUCUGAUAAUGGAGACAUUUGCCCCGUUGUCAAAUGUUCAAACAAGUUGCUGGUGUUUACACCUUUGCAUGUAAUCACUGCUCAACAUACGUCACAUGUUGUGCUGUUGACGUCUCUCUUAGUAAAAUUAAGUUACGCUUUAGAUCAUUCUGCCUACUUUUCAUACCGUCCACAAUGCGUUUUUCUCUGUCUCUGUUCUCAUUCACGUAAACUGGCACUCGCAAAACCGUUUUUCAAGGCACUCAGAAGAAAGGAAUCGUCUUUGGAAUCGUUGGAUUGUCGAUGGAUUGAACCAUUUGUAACUGGUUCUCAACAAGAACAGGUUCUCGAUUCCCAUCCCUAAUCUUUGAGACCUGCUCUAUACAGAUAUGAGAGCAGCAAAUUUACACAAGAUUAUAUUUUAUAUUGUAGAUUAAACAAAUUUGGUAGUGAUAUGACUUUGCUACAGAUCAAAUAGGUGCAUAAAGAAAGAUGAAACAGUUAUUGAUUGUAUCACAACAGAAUGAGUAGAUGACUUGACUUAAAUCAGGAAUCAACCUGACUUCUAAGCAUCUCCAGUGUUGGUGUGUUUGUGCGUCAGUGCUCUGUGUGCGUUGCAGGUCAUCUGAAGUGUUCCUGUACUGAUAUUGCUGUGUGUCAACUAAAUGCCCUUGUAUUUGCAUACUCUGCAUACAGUCUUGCCAUGUAAAGUCGUAGUCCUCACUCUGUGAAUGGAGUGUUACUUUGUCUCUGACCAGAGGCUAGCAGAGAGGACUUACAUGGUGCAAUUUAUGUUGAUAUCUAUAAAUAGCAAAACAGCCCAUUUCAUUCCUUCAUCCAUAAAUGUCUGCUUGGCGUACUGGCAGAACUUUUAUGCUGUAUAGGUGUCAAAUUUCUGCUGUUAGUGUUAUACAGUUGGUUCUGAAAGAUCCCGUUAUGACGAUCACUUCUUAAGUGCGGCAAAAUGCAGUUAUUUUUAAAUGUCUUGUUAAUCAAACUAUGAAGCCCGUGCCCUUGACUCUCCUGACUCACACACUCAGAGCAUGCAUGGGCGAGGCUAACACACACACACACACAUAAAGGCAGGCAUCUUUCUCAUUCUCGUAUCAGUUUGAAGCAGAGAUAAGUGCUUCGAUUAACAGUCGUCGUAACUUGUUAUCAUACACAUGUAUGAUAAAUUUCCACUGAUUCAUUGAUCGUAAACGGUCUGAACUGUGUGAGUGAUCAGAAGAGAUCAAGUGUGAGCUGUUGCUCCCCCACAGAUAACUGUCUUCUGAUUAAAUGAUGUCUUGAUUUAAAAAAAACAAACUUUUUUUUAAAUUCAUACUAUUUGCAGCUUUUCUGAUGCUGCUGAAGUCUCAAACCUGAUAGGAAACUACUUAUGACAUGUCUACAAGAAACAUGCCACCUCAAGGAAAGGUUUAUAGACAUCUUUCACGUGGAAAUCUCGAGACUGUUAGUUUUUGGUUGCAGUUGGAGAUGGACCGCAGUGGUCCUCUGGAAGAAUGCUAAGAAUGCGAGUUCACCGUGGAGAAAGAAAACUGAGAUCAGGACCUCAUAGAGCAGUUUUCCUCUUGAUGCUGAGUGAUACUGUACACCCCACCAGACUGAAAAUCAUCAGUUUAAAGAGCAGUAACAUCACUCUGUUAAAUCUGUUCUUCCUCGUCUAACACAUGCGCCGCUCUCUGUCUGCAGAUCUUUAAGUGGAAACUGUUUUGGCAGCACAUGCAAUCGCUCCUUAGGAGCAAAUUUCUUUCCGAAUUAUGUAAUAUUUUAGUGCUGUUUCAUCCACAUGUUCGGCCCCUGGAGAGGAAGCUGUAUAGGAAUGCAGCUGUGUUAUGGCUCACAUCUCGCAGAGACUUUUCACUACAUACAGUCAUUAAAUGUUUCUUUGUUUAGCCCCGCACAGCUGUGUAUACUGGGCUGAUUAGAUUGCUGCACAGGGAGUAAUGGAGCCACAGAGCGUCAUUGCGACAUCUUAGCUGCAUGUUGUCAUCUAUAUUCCACUUGAUUUUUGACACAUAGCUGCCAGUGAACUUUCAGGCAGGUAGUGAAUGAUGAGUCGCUACAUUGAAACAGGCCUGUAACUGUAUGUGCUGCAGGCAAGCACCCCCACUCCCCUCCCCCAUUUGAACCAGAUGUUGCAGAUGUUUGCCAGCUAUUAAACUGGGAAAAUAUGGCAAGCAAGCUGCUAAAACUAACACUUGGGGUGAGAAUUGCCCCUUGACUACACAGGACAGGUUUCCAUUAUACUCCACAGCUGAUCGCUUUUAAAAUUAUGUGACACACAAACACAGCAAAUGGCAAAACAUGCUGAAUAAACUGAGUCAUAAGUUACAUCACAUCACUGCUUAUUCUGUGAUCAUUGGUAAACUCUGUCAUGGGGUAAUUUACACCAGUUUUCGUACGACUUCAAACUCUAUGACACACAGCUAAAUGACAGACGGAGUAUAAUUGAGAUGAAGCAGAGGAGCGAUUAAGAUGAUCUGUCUUUCCACGUUGAAUACAUUUGCUGCCCAGAAAAGGGCACAAAAGAAUAAUAAAUGAACUGACAAUUCCUUGAUUUUCUGUUCGGAUUCAGAUUCUUGACAUUUAUUGCCGCUUUUCUCUCUGUUGGGAGUUUACAUGUGACUUGUCAAGCAUAUGGUUCGCUCAUCUAAAUUCUUUGGCGCGGUGCAGACCAGCGAAGAGAGCUAUCUCAGUGGGAUUCCCUUGAAUUCUCCAUUCGCUUUCCCACCUCUCUCUUCUCUCUGAGUCAGUCCUGUUCUUUCCGACUGUAAGCCUCUUCCACCUCAGACCGGGUCCAAAGCAUAUUUCACUCCCACCCUCACUAAACCAGCUUCCUCCGCACUGACUGAUUUGCUUUUUUUAACUCUCUGUAUUUCUUUCCAGUCAAUCAGCUGCUGUUGCGUAUUAGGAGGAUUUAAUGAUUCUGCAGCAGAUACUCAAAAUAGAACAACCUUCACUUUUAUUUUGGAUGAAAUACGUGCCAGUGUCUGCCGGGGCUUCUUUCUCUGAAGAAAGUGUCAAUUUAGUCAAGAUAUUAGUCUAGUCAUUUUCAGAAAAUGUGUUGAUUUUGGUCGUGUUUUAGUCUGUGUGUCUUGGGUAGUUUAAGUCAAGAUGUAGUCAGAUGAACUCAGUGUUCAUUUUAACCUCAUCACUUUUUGUUUUAGGUCCUGCCUAGUACUCUAGUUUUUUUAGUUUUAAGUACAGAUGCUUUAAAACUGGCAGUUUAAAAAAAAAAAUCGUGUUUAACAAUAUGACAAAGUAUGUCGUGGUCAUCUUUUUGGCCAAAUUGCCCAGUCUUAGUACAUACUGCUAUUGUGUCAACAUGGAGGGCUAAUAAUUAAUGCGUGCUCAGUAUCGUUAGGUUGCUUUAAUUCACCAUUACAGUGCAGCAUGGGGGAGAAUGAACAUAAAACACUCAAUGGUUUUUAGGUUGUCACAGUUUAAUGUGUCACUAACUGGAGAACAAAGUUAACAAAGAGGCAUGUCCUUGCUUUCUUCUACAAUGUUAAACCAAGCGAGCUGUUAACACGUUAUCGCCCUCUGGCUUGGCGUGUUUAAGUUGACGUUUUUAACCAUGUCUGCAUUGUUGUGUAGACUUACAAAUAUUGUGGACAGAACUUUUCCAGGAUAUGAAAAGGGGGAAAAAUCUGUUUAAAAAAAAAUAUCUGUCUAAAGAAGGACAAAGCCUCUGUUUUCUGAUUUUUUUUUCAAGCAAUAACAUUUCUAUUGGUAGUAUAAAUUUCAGAAGGAAGAGAGAAUAUUUGGCUAUUAAGUCUUGGCUGAAAAUGUGUUUCUCACUCAGACUUCCUCUUGGUUAUAUAAAUAAAGAAUGUUAGAAAAUUGUCUGAAAGUCCAAUUUCAACAGCACAAAUUUUCUAUCCACCACAUGAAGCUGUUAAAUCAAAUUAUUACAAAGUUUGCUGAAUAAUUCAAAGUCUGUUUGCGAGGCCUGAUUCUGACUUUAAAUUCACAGUAUUCACAUAUAUUCAUGUCAUGAACUCAUCAGUCAUCGGUGCUGCUUCUUCUCGAAUGUAUUCUGAUAUUUUUUCCCACUUUGUACCGACCAGACACUGCACCCUGAUCAGGAGUGAUACUCUUUAGUUUUAUGUUUGCUAUUAAUUAACAAACAAGAAUGUGCCCGCAGGAUAUCUCACCUCUCCCUUUCACUCAUUUCUCAAGAUGCCAGCUGCCAGCAGGAACUUUGCCAGGCUUUUAAUAAGAUCGCUAAUAACAUGCGCUAAAAGUUAUCCAAUGGCAUUGAGGAAGAUAUACACAGAGACUGCACAAUCGAACAGCCAACAGUUUAGUCUCAUCAUUAUCCUUGAGGGUUUGAUGAACAGAUAUUUUGUUAAAGGUUGGAAUUGUCAGGAUGUAUACCGUUUUGGUUAUUGUCUCCUUUUAGUCUAAAAUAAAACAGGUCUUUGAACCGAUACUGAUCAUUAACAUUUUCACCGACAAAAUUAGACUGCCUUGUGAGACGGCUGGCAGCUGAAUGGACACAGAUGCCGCUUCGGAAUAAAGCAGACUUAUUUUAAAGAUGCAACAAAGACCCGGGGUCUCACACUGGCCCACUGUGCUGCUUUGAGUGAAAGGCUUUGGUCUCUUUUUCUUCGUGCAGCCUGGUCAGACUGUAGCCUACUGUCAAGGGUCUUUGGAUGCUGGAUAAUUGAAGGAGAAAUCCCCACAGCUGGGCACAGAUGGGGCUGUGGAGGCACAGGACCUGAUGAUCAAGACCGUUUUAAUGUGGUCUGAGCCAGCUCUUGCUUCAUUCAUGUGGUCUCGGUCAGAGACAUUUUUACAGAGUGGCUGUAUGGAAGUGAUUUGGGUUCAUCUGGGUGUUCAGACAGGAUAUAUUGUAAAUACACAGUGAUUAGCAGCAUGUGGGGAACUGUUGACUCUCCUGGCCCAUCAUAGAGAUAUGUGUUUCCAGCAACUAUUUCACCCAAUGUUGCUGAGACAAGACAAAAACAAAUACAACAGCAAUAGAAGUAUAGAAAAAGAAGUCAAAAAGAGAACGUAAGGAGCUAUUAAGACACAUCAUUUGUAAACAUUUUCCUUCCUCCUGCGGAGAGCCUCCCAUAAAUUUUAAUUGUCUGAUCAAUUAAUUGACUGGCUGGGUUGGUUUUCCUGUUGCUUCAGCUGCUCUUCAAUGAGGACAAAGACUUCUUGCGGUUGUUUUACCCUCACCCGACGCCAGCAAUGGCCCAGAGGAGACCAGAUGUUGCAAAGAGAAAGAGAGAGAGAGAGGGAGAGAGCGGGCAGCCUUUCAGAGAGGAAGUGCUCCCCAGACCCCAACACUUGUCCAAACGUCACCCCUGACAGGUGGGGAGCAGAACAGCCCAGAAAGCCCCUUUUGAGGUUCCCCUGUAACAACAAAGCAAAGGGUUGCUAUUACUCAGCAGGACAUGGAGCGUCUUGUGUGUUGCCUCUUUCUCUGGGUGGCUCACAGCUCGGUCCUGUGACUGUAUUAUAACAGCGUGCCAUGGGUUUGAUUAGUGGGCGGCGUGUGUGGUUUGGGGACGCGGGCUCUUCCUGCUGAGUGGAGCAUCAACACUUCAGAAUGGUUGCUUUGUAACACUAACAACCGAUAAUAUUUUCCUGUUUCCACACAUCCUGUUUCAUUUGGAGCCUAAGAGAGCAAUGAAGAUUACUCACUAUAAUCUCUGUGUUAACUCCACUGUCCCAACGCAGUGAUUUCCAAACAGGACUACUUGUACCUCUGGGUGUGUGGAAAUGAUGUUCCUCAAAUAACAGUUUGAAUUCUGCUUAAAAUAUCGUCUGUCCACACAGAGUUAGCAGUAACACAGGAAACUUAUGUUUGCAUAACACACAGUCUGACCAGGCUGAGUGACAGGAGAGGUGUCAAGACUCUGCUGCUGUAGCUUGAUUUAUAGUUGGAAAGAAAGAUAGAAAUAAAGUUAAAAAAAGAGCAUCUUUUCCCCCCAAACAUGCAUUACAGUGUCUCUUAUUCUCUAUCAGUGCAGCAGGCAAGCAUUCACACGCUCACUCAUGGCGCAUGAUCACAUUUAUAGCUCACCAUUAUUGUCUCCAUUAGAGUUAAACCUAGUUUCUGUUCGAUCGCAGUAUUGAUGGUUUUUUGUUGUAGGUUAUUCAGCAUGUUUAGCUAUUUAGAGCUUAUGUCAGACAGUUGCUUCUAGAGAUGCACCAAUCCAUUUUUUUUCCUGAUCCAAUCCGAUACUGAUACCUGGGCUGAGCGUAUCGUCCGACAUCUGAUACCGAUCCAAUAUUACUGUUGAAUGAAUGAACUGUAUACCUUACCCUGUGAGUGAAGGCAUCAGGCUUGACAUUAGCCUUGUUAAAAAAUAGGUAACAAAUUAACACAGAUAUAAAUUUACUUAAUAUUAUUUAUCAACAAAUAACAAAUCGCACAUAAGCACACAUCAAACAUGUAUAUCAACAUGUAUUAAAAGAAAAAAUAAUUAAAAGGAAAAAAAAGACUAGAUCAGAACGCUGGAUCGGCGUAAUUCAUCAGAUAUCUGAUCCAGUUAAUUUGUCAGUAUUGGAGCUGAUAUCCGAUCUACGUAUUGGAUCGUUGCAUCCCUAGUUGCUUCAUGGCUGAGAUCCUAGAAAAAUAUCAAACAGAUCUGCAGGAAGAAGAAAAGUCUCCAAUGCUUCCCAUGCUCACCCCCACAGUUGAGAAAGUGAUGGUGGCCUUAAACAGUUUGGGUGGCCAUACCUCCUCUUUUACCUGGACAUGUCCUCUUUUUUGGGGGGCUGUCUGGAUUUGUCCGGCUUUGUCUAGGGAAGUUUAUAAAACCCUUCAAAUGUCUGUGGUUUUGUACAUAAGUUUCAAAUUUGUGUCACGUGGACUUACUGAGUUAGAAGCGUGUAAAAGACACUAUAUCAGAUCGGAAAAACUCUCAAAAUUAACUUUGUGAUUCCGCCCCCACGUAGUCGUGUCCUCUUUUUGGGAAGUCAGAAUAUGGCACCCUAACAAAGUCUUAUGUUGGAAUAAAAAGCUCAUUCUAAGUAAACAAUGAAUGGUUUUGUAUUCUUAUGUUAUCACUUUUCUUAUGGCAUGCAGUUAAGUAAGGAGAGUAUCUUUGUUAUUCAAAUUUAAUGGGAUGUGCCUUUACACAUACUGCUUUCAUCCCCUGAGAGGGAUUCCAUUUGGGAACUGGUGCUUACAUUCAGCUGCACAGACAGAACCGUCUUCAGUUCCAGUCUAAAGCCUGCGUGGUAUCCUGAACAUGUCAGCUGUACCCAAACACAGGGAUGGAUUUCUCUUGUGGUAUGUUAUCCUGUGACUCUCAGUUCUCAUGUUCAAGACAGAAGAUUAAUUGAAAGAUCGCUCUGAAACUUGUCAUCAUUUAUUUCCAUUUUUGUGAUUUAUAGCCGGUACGCUUGAGGCCAGGGUUGAUUGCAGUUCAUAAAGAAUGUAAAUAAGUAUGGUGAAUUGCAACAGGAUGAGUCACACUAAGUUCAGGAUCUAUACUCUGUAUAACAUUACAGGCUUGCACUGGUGUUGUGCCGUCGGACUGUCUGUUUGGCCUUGCAGAAGUGUUAAUCCUGCAGGGCGGUUUGGGAGAGACCUUCUUCAAAAGCCUACUCCGUUAACCUGGCUGUGCUGGUUAAUAGGUCAGGACUAGAUUAACAUUGAGUGUGCAAGUGGGGAACUCCAGUGAGAAUUGGAAUGAUCUUUUUUUUUCAUCUCUAGGCUGUUCUCCUAUCCUCUCCCUGGCCGAUGUCCACGCUGUUCCUCUCCCAUUGCCAUUGGCUUUACAUGUCUUGCUUUUAAUCCUGAACUGGAGCUCUCUCUGAUGUUAGAAACUCUACUCAGAGGCAUCUAUUUUAUUAGAAGCUGCUGCAUGCAUAUUCUAUGACGGUAUAUGGAACCCUUUUGACUUCAGAUCCCCCUACAGUAUGUUAAAGUGAACAGAAGCAGACCCACCAUCAGACACUGUCCAGUAUAUCUGUUUUAAUUGGAUGCCUCUUACUCUCACUGCUGCUUGAAAUUCUUACCAUGAGCGUCUUUAAAACUGAUCACAGUAACAUUUCAGUUACAUCAGGCUUUAUAUGGUUGCCUAAUACAUAGAAAAAGUGCAGUUACUGGUAAUGUGUUGGUGUAUUCAUGGUAACAUCACAUUCUGCAGUCUAAAUUUAACCUUUUUAGGGUUCUGUCAUGCAGGUGUGAAUGCAAGCAUGUCACCUCUGCCAAAAAAAGGGGGUAUUUUAUUGACUCUUGUUAAUGUUGGCAGUUCAAGCUGUGUCACUUACAUGUUUGCUCUGCGAUUUCUUGUAGAGUUGUUCAGAUAUCAAUAUUAGAUCCUAUACUGCCUAAAAUGCAGUAUAAAGUAGCAGCAAGUACGCAGUGUGUGGCUGUUGUCAGCAGAGCUAGCACCUCAGCCUUCAGGACUUCUUGCAGCCUAAUGUCCACAUGCAUGCGUUGGUUUUACAUAUUGCUAAUGAUGAAUGGUUAUAUCCCAGUUCACCAGACACAACUUAUGUGACACUUAAUCUGCAUCUUCAAGAUCAAAAUCCCACCAAACCAUGUCAUUUAACUCAGUUUCUUGAGGUUGGUUUAAGGUUUUGUGUUGGAUCCUUGCCAUAGCAUUUACACCAUAGGAUUGCGUAUCCCCGUCCCUUACGCAGAAGUCUGUGUGUGUAGCGAAAUGCACACCACCUCCAAGAUGUGGUUAUGCAUCAAAACGACUUCAAGCCCUGGGAUGUGUCCUUUUAUCACUUCUGUUCCCCAUCUUCUUCCUCAACAGUCACAUAAUCUCUUUGCAAUGAUUGCGGCAUGAUCGACUGCUGCACAACAUUGACCAGCUUCAAUUCAAAUAGAUUGUGCUCGUAUUUAGUUGCCAUGGUUUUGAUGAACAAAGAGAUCGCACUGUCGACUAUUGUUGAGGUGGAGUAUUACAGAGUGAUGCAGACACGUGAUGCUCAUGGCAGCGUUGGCCACUACAGUGUAGCUAUGGCAUAAGCUAGGCUUUAUCUGGGCUAGUUAACGUCCAGCUGUUAUCCAUCAUGAAUCCAUCACUCAAAGCGGCUGCCACUACUAUAGUUGCAUAUUUAAAACAUUCUACUUUUUAAGUGUAACACUCUUGACAUAUCCAUCCUCUGAUCUCUGAUUAAAGCUGUGGCAACUUAAAAGUUUGUUGCCCAGGUGAGACCAGUCAGCAGGUUCGUGUCAAGUUUCAUCCACACACGCAAAGGCUGUUCAGUUCUCUGUGGAAACAAAAGCGGCGGCAGGGUGGUCAGAGUGUUUCUCCUCAGCUGUCUGAUGGAGGAGGGUAACCUGAGAAUAAUUCUCAGACGUGCUGGUUCUGCUUUAAACCUGGAUGGACACGGGUUGAUAUGAUUACGACUGGGGUCUCUUAAGUCUCAAGUAUUAACCUUGGGGGAAGGGGGGGUUGGUUUGGUGCAAAACCCACAAGACGCCAACAGCUGACUACAGACGUCUGUCCGUGCCUCGGCCUGACGUUUGAGCCCCUUCAGUCCUCUCAGAAGACUGAACCAGAGGGGAGAUGUUUAUAUUCACACUGGAUCACAUUUCAAAUGGCACCUUUGCUAGAGUAGAACAAAUACACCAUGGGGUUCUUGUGAUGUAGAGAAAGUCAGUCUGUGAAUGCGCCGAAAAGCAAACGUGUUAUUUCAACACUCUGCGCUCCCUGACGCACUAACCCCUCAAGAAUCCUAAACAUGUGUGGAGGCACCCAGUCAGCCCCUAUCAUCGUCUUUUCUUUAUGAGUCUUCCUGUUGACUGUAAUGUGUAACCACUUCAUAUGAAUGGCGGUCUGAUCUGCAGGAAAUUCAUUACGAAACUUAAACUUAGAGUGCAAAAUGUUUGAUGAGUCACACUCUACAGAGCGGUGGGUGGUGGGAAUGUCGAGAUGUAACCAUAGAUCCGCUUUGAAAGGCAUCAUAACAACUGAUGAAACCCCUGUAUCUCAUCUACUGAUCUUUCAUCCAGAGCUUGAGGCUUAAAAUUUGUUCAGCUAAAAGGGAAUAAAAGGAGAAUAUCUAUAACCUGAAGGUUUUACUUCCAUGUUGUUUUUCUACAACUGAGUAUCUUUUUUUUUUUUUUUUGGUCUAGAUUUUGGAUGAAUUCUGAAACUCAGUUCAGGCUUUUGAUGGUCGCUUUGAAGCUUCUCCACUCAAGCUUUGACAAAUAUCAAUCAUUUAAUACUUUCUUUUAGUUUGAAAAUCCCAUUCUUACUGCAUUUUAGACUGCAUAUUGUAGAAACUCCCCAUAGUUUAAGUCCCACAGUAACAACUGUAACGGGAUUCCUAGCUCCGAGGAAAAAAUCAUCCAAGCUUUCCUGAUAUUAUUUAGACAUUAGGGUCGCAUGGUUUAAGUAUCCUAGCUUGACAUUUGUCUGUAAAUCUGUAAAUUGUUAUUAUCAGCAUUUAUUUUGUUUAUGCAACUUUUAAUAAAAAAAAAUCUAAGUAAAUGAUUCACAAAACCGUAAACUAUAGUUACAUUAGGUCAUUUUUUCAUGACUUAUGUCAGCAGUAUAAUAUCAAAGGUGUAACUCAGCUGACAUAUCUCUAUUUUGUAGUACUGGUCAUGUAAAGAAGAGAAGAUGUGAAAGAUGUUGGUGCAACACUUAAGAUAUACUAGCUUUACACACAGUCAAUUUGUCUUAAGGUUUUGAUGCCAAUAACAAUGUUAACUUAAGCUAAUUUUAAACAACACUAACAGAGAAACUGAUAUGGCAGUUAACACCUUUGUUAAUAAAUCAACUGUUGGCAAAGUUAGAUAAACUAUGCUCACCUUUGACUGGAACAUUGACUUCUUCCCACCAAUUGCCCACAUAGCAACGGUAACAGCAAACACUGUUACAGGAGAGGAAUAAAGAACAAGUUUUUGAAGACUUCUCAUUACACAACAAACAGGAGUGAGUUGCAUACUUGUGCCUUUUUUGUGUCACUUUACCAUCUUAUUUUAGCACCUACCAAAACACUGCUUUAAUCAACUCAAGUCCCACUGACACACUAUCACUGACUAUUUAUCUCCUAAUGAAAACUCACCGGAUUUUACAGCAAAUCAUCAGUAAGUUUAACAAAGUUGUCCAAAAAACACAACCUGGAUUACUGGCAUCUUUCAUCUGUUAUGUUUCAUGUAAAGUUCAAGAAAAGCAAAAAAAAGAGGGUGAGAACAAGACAGUGUCAUAAGCACACCUGCAUUAAACCGGACAGUCCCUACAACAAUCAGUGUAAUUACAAGUUGGGCUCCUCUGUCAUGUGUGACUUUGCGGACAGACAAGCAAAGUAGAAGGCAGAGCGACGGGAAAUAGCAGAUGGAGUUGUUGUCUGGGAUGGAUAAAAAAUGAGAAGGUCUAAACAAAUUUCAAACACGGGGUUUAAUAUCUUUAGUUUUUUAGAUUUAUAUUAUUUUAUGGUGUGUUGUUCCGAAUGGGAAUGAUUAUCCAUAAACUAAAAACUGAGCAAAAUCAAAUCAGCAGAUCAGUCAUGAUGAAAAUAAAUCUAAUUGCAGUAGUAUUCUCCAGACUUUAUAGUAGUUGCUGUUGUUGGCAAAACAGCGCUUUUAUCCAACAUUACAACAUGAUUAUUAUCUUUAUUCUUAGAAGUGUCUGAGGGCUCUCUCAGUCCAACAUUUAUUGGCGAGUUUCACAAGCACAAAAGGGAAAUAUGGCUGAGAGCUAAUGAUGUAACACUGCUCCCUGACGAAGUUGUGAAAUCAUUCUUAGAAACUGAAAACGCCACAGGAUUUGUAGCAGCAUUUCUGGCAUUAGCACAGCACCGUGGUGGUCCGUUAGCUUUGUCGAACAGGUUGGUGUUGUCCACCCCAGCCUCUCCUCUCCUCUCCUCUCCUCUCCUCUCCUUUCCUUUCCUCUCCUCCAUUACAUCAGAGCAGAAAAAGGAGCCAAGAAGCCACUGGAUUGAGCCCCAGUCCCAGCCAGCGUAGUGCAAGCUUGCAGAAGCCUGAGCCGUGCCGAGCUCUGAUCCACUCACUGUUUUGACUCCUCGCUGAAGGUGCUGUGGAACACUUUAGUUGCCUGGAUGACUCUCCGUUCGGCACAUUGUAUCACACAGAGUGGAAACACAAAGUGAUGUACUAUGCAGGCGUAACAGGAAUGCAACUAAAAAUUGCCAUUGUGGCAUGGUUUCCCACUAUUUGGAGCUGAAAAUAGUCAGGGUGGACUCCUCUAUUAUGCAAUUACAGCAGACUGUAUCACGGAGGGAAAAGGUGACGUGAGAUGGAUGAAAUGUUCUCACACUAAGAAUGCUGCCAGCCUCUCUCCUUUCACGUGGGGAUGUGUGUGGUGAGUUUCCUCAUGUAGUCAGGCAGGUUUUUGAAAAAGGAAGAUAAGCUCUAACCGGCCGCAGACUUUGACUUUGCACUGUUGUGUAUCUUUGUUUAAAGACUGGUUGGGUUAGAAAGCUGUCUCUGUUCAGCAGCUGUUUCCCACAGGUUGUUAGUUUACUCAGACCAGUCCCUUUCAGUCUGUUGUGUUUUCAUUAGACUUUAAACUAUACAAGGUCUGUAACUGUGAGAGGAAGUCUUUCUUUUAUUUUAAUUUAAUCUUAAGAACACUACUAUAGAAAUGAUCUGUCAGUGCUUGUAUUUGUUAUUGCCAAGUAAAGUGGGAGUGUCCCAGGUAUUGUAGUUUUAAGCAUUUUGAGAUAUCUGUUGUGACUGCAAAGGCAACGUCUUUUUUUCUUCUGAGAAGUAGUUUGUCAAUAAAAUGUCAGACAAAAUGAAAAAUAUUACUGUUACAUAAAGUCCGAGGUAUUUAGAAAAUAUGAGAUAAAAUAAAAAGAUACCAAAGAAGGUUAAAGAGAUAAACAGGCUGUUCAGAUCAUUCAGCUAGCAACAAAGAAAAAAAAAAGUUUUUUAUUUAUCAAAAAAAAAAUGACUGAGCACAUUGCAUGCUGCGCAAAAAAAUCCAUCUAUUCUUAUUUUGAAAUUCUUAUAAAACACACAGACAUACAGAAAAAAGGGAGUAGGAGGUGGGGCAGGACACAGCACUGUGUUUGUGUGUUUAUUACUACAUAAUAAACGGUAUACUUUCUCAUCCUUUCUUCGAAUCUCUGACUGCAGCACGUCAUUUCUGUAUCCAACACUUUCUGUCAGAACCAGCAUGUUUCACAAGACCUCUUCUUACUCCUCCAGCAGGUGUUGAGUGUUAUAUGACAGAUGUAUGGGCUCUGUUAGUCAUGGUCUUUUAUCUUGUGUAUGCAGAGAAGCAACAGGAAUAAAAAUAGUCUUUCCUCUGAUUUCUCUGUUGUUUUACGCUUCUGCUCACAGUGACUCGGUACUGCACUUGUCCCCAGAUGUCCUUUAACUCUUGAGCAUAAUAGGAGUCCUGGGAAUGUGAAUGUUUUGUGUUUGUUUUGCUGUAUUAACUUCACAUCACAGGGAUGAUGAGAUUAUUGGAACGUUUCACUGUUAGUUUCCUCUCCACUCCUCACUUGACAAGCUUCUUCUUUCCGCUCUUCACUCUGUGCAGUUGUGAGACCAAGACUGAGAAUGUCUUUGGAAGCAUCUGUGAUUUAUUCUUGAAAAGAGCACAUCAAGGUCUUUCCCCUCUUUUUUUUCAGUGUUCCUCUGUUUUCCUCUCCCUGUAAAGUGAUGCAUAGGGAGAUUUUGUUUCUCUUUUUCCUUUUCUAAUUUUCCAAAAUCUUGGAAACGGCAGGUCUGUUUAGAGGUAUUAGAAGAUUUUCCUGGCAGUAAGUAGUUCCAUGAUCGCUGUGCCACCAGUGACUCUAAUAUCUUUAUAAUGUGACCAGAAAGAGUGUUAUCAGAUUUGCAUAUUACAUAAGAAGAUUUGCUAAGAUAUAAAAAACCUGCCAAAGCUGGGAAAUUUUCCCAGUGCCUUAACCACAUUUCCACAGUUAGCCUGAACCCCGUGAAGAGUUGGCCUGAACUCCUUAAACUCUACCCUGCUGCCUCACUCCACUCUGUCUCACUGCAGUUAAAGGCUAAAGUUAAGUGGUGUAGCCAGCUCUUUAAAAAGUAACCCACUUUUGUCAUGAAUAGGGCAGCACUCAAUGUCAGUGAAUGAGUGGUGUGGAUGCCUCUGAGGCAAAUGUACUGGACUGCCCUCCACUCUGAAGCACAGCUUUUUUUAGAGCCUGAUUAGUCUGCUUUUGAGACAACCAGGGCUGAAUAGCAUUUUCACUCACUCAUGUUAUAUCUCGUAUUCACCAGAGUAUAAAAAAACAAUAGUUAAAGGGAUCCUCGGUGUAAAAUUAAGUUAGGGUCAAACACACCGUAACACCAAGUUAGACACCCCGACGAGAGAUGAAUGUUGCCGACUGCUUGCUUCUCUAGUUAUACCAACUUUAUUAACGAUCAUAGGAUAGCAAUACACAGCUGUCCCAGGAGCCACACACUCAACCAAAACACCACUCUGUAGCCACAAAUAAUGCUCAGAACUGCACCUAACUUCAUCAACAGUACAUAUACUACCACAGCACUAGCCACCAAACAUCUUUUUAACUUGGUGUAAUUUCUUCAGCAAAGAGACUAAACACAACUCACCUACUCUCUUCCAGCAGCCGCUUGUUUGUAUGAAGACCGCAGUCGAGUCUAUCACCACUAUAGCGGGGGUGACGCAGCUCAAGGAAGAACAUUUAUGAUCAUUACUUUAUCAUUUCCUUGCAGUAAUAAUCACCAUAUUAAUCAUUUUGCACUGCAGACGUGGUAGUUCUUCUGCCUUAGCGUCUCUGUUUGAUUGCGUCCCCCCUGCUUUAGUCGUGAUAGACUCGCCUGAGGUCUCCGUAUAAACAAGCGGCUGCUGGAAGAGAGGGUGAGUAGUGUCUGCUAAAGAAAUUAGGCAAAGUUAAAAAGAUGUUUGGUGGCUGAUGAUAUGGCUGGGACCCUAUAUGUACUGUUAAUGAAGUUAGGUGCUGUUCUGAGCAUUAUUUGUGGCUAUAGAGCGGCGUUUUGGUUGAGGUUUGUUUAUGGCUCCUCAGACCACUGUGUAUUGCUAUUGUGCGGUCGUUACUAAAGUUGGUAUAACUAGAGAAGCAAGCGGUCGGCAACAUUCAUCUCUCGACGGGGUGUCUAACUCUGUGUUAUGGUGUGUUUGACCCUAACUUCAUUUUACGCUAGAAUAUCCCUUUAAAUCAAUUAGGCACUGACUAUUUGACAAUCUUUACCUUUGGCUUUGACCCGACUAAGAAUUUUGGCCUCUUCUGUGGUUGAGUUUGACACCCUUUUUCUAGUCUAAAUACCUCUGAGCCUGUGAGGUCGCCAUGGGUGGAAGCUCCAGCACAAGCUAACAUCAGCUUUCCAUCACCACAGCUGCAAUGACAGGCGCAUACAUGAGACAGCAGUCAAGACCAAACAAAGCCCAAAAAGCUGUCAUCGAAGAUUGAUUAGGAGACGUCUCAGAGAUUAGCAGGAGACAGAUAAAGAACAGGUUUGCUUGCAUGACCAUCAGCACCUGUCCGUCAGGACUUUUUAUCUCAGUUUUUCCCCCCUCUCUUGAAGUGAGUCCCAUAGAGGUCUGGGAGGAGUGAUGAGGGGGGAUAGGAAGCCUUUUGUUAAUAGGAGAACAAUGCUGCACAUGAGAGCGCACGAUCCUGGGCUGGAGUCAAAACAUGGCAGACAAACACGCAGACAGGCGUAGGAGAAAUUAGGGAGGAGGAGGCGGCGAGGGAGUACUGUUCUCUAAAGAUGUGUCAGACUGUCUGGCGGUUGGGUCAGUGCACUGGACUGGAGGAACCAGGUGGACAGGAAGCAGGGUUCAGAGUGAGGUCAGUCUGAGGAGAGUAUUUCAAGUUCACAUGCAGCUACAAUUCCACUCAAGAAGAAGAAGAUCUGAUGAUGGUUUAUAGUCUCCUCUUCCUCACCCAUCUCCUCGUAUUAGGCUGUGUUUCCAGACAGUUUUGACUCAGACCAGGAGUGGUGAUGGUGGAAUAUUACCAAGCAGUGGUCUCUGUUCCCACACCCCCAUUUCCUCCACCUCAUGGGCUCCAGUGUAAUGGUUAACCGCACAGGCUGUGUGAACCCUCCUCUCCCUAUGGUACUUUCCCUUUUCCCAUGCUUCAGUGUAUGUGAAAGUGGCUGUGUUAAAUUGGUUGUAUAUAUGUUGUCUCAGAAAAGUAGUUUGAGUGUCUGAGUUAGGGGUUCCCCAAAGAGUGGCCAUUCAAAUCAUUAGUCAGGAAGUUUUGUAGAUGACUCUGCACUUAGUUCAUUUUUAUUAGCAUAAUUUCACACUGUGCAAUUUAGAAGGAACAGCAAGUUGGGCUCCACUACCUAAACAAAGUUUCAAAAUUACUUUUCAGUGAAUUUCCAAGAGCCAGACUUUCUGCAGAGGUCUUCUCCUCUACAAAAGAGAAAAAAAACAACCAUUAUUUCACUGAAAAAGCUUGACCUGGAGAUAUAAAAGCACUGCAAACUCGUGUCACUGAUCUGUGUUUGUCAGACACUCUGGUGUCUGGCGGAUAUACCAGGAGAGGCUGCAAGCUGAGCUUGUUUAUAGGUUCAGGAUUCCUGUAGUCUUCUAUGUCCAAAAGGCUUUACAGGCAACCAAUUUAUCUGCAGCGUCCUCUUCCUUCACAUAACAAAACAAAACCAGCCAGUGACUUUAUCCUGUGGUUAUAGUUGAUUCAGUAGUGUGACAUUAAAAGUGAAUGUGUCUCUGGUUCUCUUUGGGAGGGCUACAAGCUGAGCUGCUGCAGUCCUGUCUUGCAGUCAUCAGCUAGCUAUUAGGACAGGAUUCCUGCAUUUUACGGUCUAUGUGGUUUUGUUUAGAGCUGAAUGAAUGACAGUGGUCUCCUCAAAACAAACUACUAGCUGGUUGAUUGUGUGUGUAGCUUCUCAUUCAUCCAGGUCACGGUCAUCCAAUUCUUCAUUGAAAGGGGAACUGGACCUGUUAGAGGUUGGAACUUCUUGGAAACUGUGGUUAACUUACAUCUUCUGGUCAAAACAUUAAACUUCUGUGAAUUAACGUGGUUGUUCGGUGCUGCAGCCAAAUAUGUUUACUGAUGAAACCCUGAGUUAAGUACAGCCCCUUCCCAGUUCCUUCUUGUCUUGACCAGUAGUUGUUACUAUGGUGACAUCCCCCCUCCCUUUCCCGCACUCCCUCUAAACGUCACGUGAUAUCUCCCUCCCCAGGUGUUUGGCUUGUUUCUGGUGGACUUCAUUGAUUCGCCUGAACAGUGGGGCUCUUUGUGUGACAGCCUGUGAGAAACCGGGCCCAUCCUCUCCCCACAGGUGGAACUUUUUAAACUUCCCCCCAAAAGUCCCAGUCUCUGCCUGCACAGAGCUGCUGUCACCACUCAGAAGAAUUGAUUUUACUAAGCGACGAGCCGGCGGAGGAAGGAGAAGGAAAUCUGGGUUGAUAAUCUGCUGUGUGUGGUGUUUGUUUAGCUUUCCCUGCUGUCCUCUGCGGGAAAGAAAGGAGUAAUGUGGAAAGCCAUUAUUUGACUAAUAAGCUGCAGUCAGCCGAGGAGCCACCACGAGCAAACACACGUCUUGUGUGUGAGCCAUCAGGUUACAUUCCUAAUUAGUCACACACACACAUUAGCUGAGUGUUUGUUUCUCCUCGUGGUAGAUGGCGAGGAUGUAGGCGCUGGUUAGAUGAUGCUGCAUUCUUGAAACAAUGUCAGGGUGUGUUUCCAUGUGAGAUAGCGUGGAUGUGUCUAUCGCAUCUUCUUUGUCCUUCUUUUUCUGACACUGCAGCUCAUCGAAACUAACUUUGUUACAUUAAGAGGGUUUCAGUGUUUCAGGUUUGAUCCCUGAUCCCACCCAAAAACUGAGUUUCAAUAACCCAAGGAUGGAAAGAAAUACCGCUAACAGCAACUUUGGCGGUGUUGUAUAGAUUCACAUGCACUAUCUUGUCAUCCCCCCCAAAAGUUCACCGGGGUCUUUAAGAUUGCUGAAAGCGGGAAAAGGCAGCCCGUCUUUGUUUAUUGUCCUUUUUUUAAUGUCUGUACCCGUCCCUCGCUGUGAAUCGGCCCUCACUGCAGUCCCUGGCUGUGUGAGGCAGUGCGACCAGAAUAAGAAACACAGACGACACAGAGAAACCCUUCUCUCUGCUCUGCCUCCAUACUCACUGUCGCUAUGACUACAGGGGAUUUUUUAGAUGGGCUGAGAUGCACAAGGUUAUGCGAUGCUGCUCGGAAGUGUGUGCUGGAAGGAGAAAGUUGGGAAUCAUCAGUGAAUAUUUCAUUACUGUCAAAGGAAUAGUAAUGAUACAGCCAUCUGCUGGUGUACCACAGUGUAUUAUACAGACUUCACUGUUCAAUAAACUACAACAAAAUUCAAAAAUUAAUUCUUUAACAUGCUGUGAAUGUAAUCUCUAUAAUUACUUUUAGUUUACCAGACGGUUUACAAUCAGAAUGAUAAAUCAUUGAUCAUGAGUGUAAAUAUAAAUGAAAGUUUUUUGAACAAGCAAAAAAAAAAGGGAUUUUGAAUUUGUCCAAAUGGAGCAGGAUUUUCAAAAUGCGUGUAAACCCAACAGUCUGACUGACAUCGAAAUCAAACUUCUUGUAGAUGAACAAACAUACUGAGAUAAUACAACUGGUUACUGAUAUACAUCUGGCAUAAUGUAUGCUUUGUAUUAGGGCUCGACCGAUAUGGAUUUUUUGGGGCCGAUGCUGAUACCGAUUAUUAGGGGGUAAGAGAAGGUAAGAAAAGAAGUAGCUUCUCAGUGAGAGAAGUAGCUCGAUCACGUAAUGUGUACUGUUGUUUAUUCUACUGUUACUAGCACGGCUAACAGUGUAGCGAGGCUAAUAGCAGGUGGCUAACUCUAACUUUAGCUUGCAUAUUACAUGGUGCUUCACCGUUAACUUGGCGUGACCGAGACCAGCACAGCGUGGAACAUCGUGAAGUGGGUUGAACUGAAACUUGUUGACUAAUUGGGUAUUUAACAAACUGGUUUAUUUACCGUUGAGGCGGACCACUCUCCUUCGUGCAUCCCUGAGCUGCCUGCUUCAGAUCCGUCACUCUGCUGUGCUGUGAGGUAGUUAGUGGAUGAAGAUUGUCAUGAGGUUGCUGCGCCAUCUACAGGAUAAGUCGGGGAACUUUUCAAAUGGCGAAACAUUUUCGAAGUGAAACCGAAUCUUAUUCUCCGCAUUUUAUCACUGAAAAUAUCGGCGAAAAUCGGCAAGUUUUGGCCGGUUACUAAUUAGUCUCAAACGGGCUAAAAUUGUCUGAUUUAAUCAGCUCAACGAUAAAUUGGUCGGGCCCUAUAAUUUGCACUUUGUAUAUUCAGCUGAAACUAGCCUAGGCUUGGCGAAGCUGUCAUAUCGUUCAUACCAAAGGUGAACAGAACAAUAAAGCUGUUUGUGUUUUCAUCAUUGUCUUCCUGCUAACCUGUUUGUUGAUUGUUUUGGUACGUGAUAUAAUAGGACAACUGGGAGCUUGGCCAAUUAUUAACAAGCUGAAAAAUAAAAUGAACACGAUCUUAGUGAAGGUGGACAUACGCUGGUCAAUAAAUCAAGUCUUGUCCAAUGCUUGUAAAGUGGGACCAGGACAGUAGUCCAAUUAAAUCACCUAAUCGAGUUAUAGAUAGACUUUAAAGUGCAGUUAAACCUGCUGACCUACCUUUGAGUAGACUGCACCCAAAGCAAAGUAACCUUCAUAAGGUGAUUCAAUCUUCAAUUGCAGGAGAGGUUACACAAGAUAAACAGAAUAUUACCAAACUUAUAAAGGAUAAUAUUACCUUUCUGAGUUUUCCAGAGGUUUUAUACUUCAACUGAAUAUUCACCUCAUUCUAAAAAGUCAAGUUAACAUGACUUGCAAAGUAAGAGAGAGUCACUUUGAAAUCUCUUUAUGUCUUAGGUUUCUUGUUGUGGUAAAAAAAAUCCUGUAUUUGAACACUUCCAAUGCUAAAAAAAAAAAGUGCCUGUAAGUUUUUCGAGUUGAGCCAAAAACAUCCACUUUCUUUCUCUGAACAGGAAAGAUGCAUUUCUGCUUGAUGUGGCGAAAUGCACUUUCUCUGUUUCUAUAUUUCCUGAAUUUGUUUAGGCUCGGGGUCAUGUUUGUCUCGUUCACACUUUAGGGUUGACUGUGAGUGUGUGUGUGUUUCAUUUUUAAGUAGCAGGAGAAGGAGGUAAUUAUAUCUGUUGGUGUGUGAGCUUGAAAAAAGUCCACAGAGUCUAAUAAAACAGCAGAUUUAUGAUGCUGCCCUGUAGGUGCUUUCUCGCCAACUUCCGCGGCUUGAGGAGGUUUCCUGUUGUACCAUUUCUCAUAAUGGCAUAAAUUUGGUGCAAUUGUGUGUACUGGUGGUUUGAAAGAGGACUUAAUUUCUAUUAAUGCUGUUAAUGAUGCAUUUUUUAAUGGUCUGUCUGUGUGCUGGCUCAUUUAGCUUCUGAUGAUUUAUCUCUGCAAGUGGUUGAGCAUUACAGUCAAAUCCGUAGGCUGUUCUUAACUCAUUCAUGAGCUUAAAAUAUUUUGGUUUAAUCUUCUUUCAUUGUCUCUCUCCCUGACACUCUUCUGCUGCCUGCCCUACAUUCACAUCCCCCUCGAUACUCCUCUCUCCUGUUUAUUUAUGUCAGUCCUUUCCAGAAAUGGCUUCAUAAAUUCACAGCUUCGCAGUUAAAAGUAAAUCAACAUCAUUAGAGCGACUUUUUACAGAUUCAGAUUUAUGCCCGCAACAAGCAGAGAGGAUUGUCAGAAGGAAGAAAGCCCCGGAGCAGCUCCAUCAACUCUAAAUGAGGUCGAUCUUUCCUCAGGGGGGUGACAUGGCGGCAUCAGCGAGGGUCCCCGCACACACAGCCCACCCCUCAUGUCAGAGAUGUGAGAGUACAUUAGUGAUAGAACAACAAGGACACAACGAAAAGUUUCAGAGAACAUCUUUUUUUGAUCCAUUUCUUUUUUUUGCACAUAAGAUGCUCGUGUUCAGUGUAAGCGAAGAGUGUUUUCAAUGAGGAGAGAGAAUAAUCGUGCUUUGAAGUCAGUUUUGCAAUACAUGAUGUUAGUUUUAUUUUUAGACAAAUAGAAGAAAGAAUCAAAGUGUUCAAGGGAAAAAUAAUCCAACAUUUUUGGUCCUGAUACAUGGGCUUUGGGUAUCGGCUGGUACUUGGGUCAAGCAGAGUGGUAAGAGAGUGUAGAGGUUUGUCUUCCAUAGAGAUGAAGUGUCUGUUAACAGAAGAGUCCUUUUUGUUGUUUUCAUCCUUGAGUUCUCCUCAUUCCCCUUAGCCAGGAGACUUUCGAGAACGGUGAAAGCUGGAAUCACAUCAGCUGUGGUUGAACUGGCUGAGCUCACCUUCCCGGUUAGCUCCUCAAAUGGAGCAAGAACAGUCAAAGUUUUUCUCCAGCAAGGUCCCCCGGUUGGCUGUCAGUGUGGUGAGCAGGUCAUGGUCAGCAACAAAGACAGAGAGGGUUCUCUUCUGCUCCAGAAGGAUCUCUAUCAUAAAGUAAGAGCUAUACCACCAUGUCUAGACGUCCUGUCGCAGACGCUUCACAGGCAUCUGCAUCUCCACUUGGAUUUCAUAAGGUGAGAAUAUGCAAAUGAAGAGUCAUCACUUAGACUGCACUGUGUUAUUGAAACUUAGUUUAAUACGACCUGCGCAGUGUGUGCAUGCAGCCCUGGCUCUGCACUCCCAUAGUGCCCAUAGCUGUUUUUUUUAUGUCGCUAGCAUUGUCUCUAGAAGUGGUAUGCACUUUGGUUAGUGGCAUAUAGCACUGGAUUAGCAUGUCUUUGAUGGUUGUUCAGACGGAGCUGUUGAUGUGUGAUUGAUUCAAGUUUUUAGUUUGAAUCACAGCACUGUGUGGCAUCAAGCUGGUUAAGGCUGGGGGAUAAACUGAAAAUGUAUCGAUAUUGAAAUUCACAACAAUAAUCAACAUCAUUUUGCCCAAAUUGGUAUAUUCAGUGUCAAAAAAAUAAAUUGAUUAAAGUUUGUUUAUAUCGUGAUGUUGAUUUGAACAGUUCCACUUUCAUUUAGAUUUGUUAGUGAGUUGGGACGAAGCGUAACUUCAGCUGUAACUGCAGCUACUGUCCUGUCUUUCGUCAUUACAGAGUAACUUUUGCUUCACGUUCCUGUAAGGCUGCCAUAACUUCUGAUGCAACACAAGCCCAGAAAUAAAUAAAUCCGGCUCCUGUCUGUCAUUAGUCUAAAGUGUCAGGUGGCACACAGAGAAAGAACAGUCAAAUAAAGCUAGAUAAUCCAUCGAAGAAAUCUCAACUCAAAUGUGUCUAAGUGUUGGUAGUUGUAUGAUGAUGGCUGUGUUUAGUUGGUGUGUAAUAACUCUUGUAUUCUGAUGGUUGGAUUCCUCUGCUGUCCUCCAGCCUCAGACUCCUAAUUGGCCUCCCUGCCACCAUUGUCUCCUGAUGUGUAUCAUUCCAGUGGUUUCCUCUCAGUUUUUCUGUUUUCUGCUGUAAUUCAGCCCCUUGUAUGUUUUCACAAGGAGCCUAUACGGGUAUAAUUGUAGUGUUGCUUUCCUGCCGUGCGGCUCGCCAAGGACUGCUUGUGCGCUCACUGGAGGGUCUGCAGGUUUUUGCCCGGCGUAGUUCGGUUCAAGCUGAGCUAGUCAUUGUGUGGGUCGUGUCUCGUAUCGUCUCACUCCACAGUUAGUCUCAUUUCGUCUUCACUGUCACGUCUUUGUUCCUGUCUGGACUUUUUGUGAAGCUGUUGGAGUAGUUUUUGUUUCCGCACGUUGCUGCAGAGUCGUCUUUCUCCAGUGGUUCCCUGUUGCUUCUCUUUACCUCUUGGUUAGAUUUAUUGCAUCGUGACUUCCAGACUUGGGAACAUGAUUUUUCCUCUCUGGAAACACCAUCAAAUCAGUGUCAAGCUCUUGUUUCAUAUUGUGUACAUGUUGCCUUUGAUAUGUGAGCAGAACCACAGAGGAAACUGUCACCUGUUACCUCGCUGCACCUGGUUCACCUCUCUUACAGAGACACACACGUCUAUCCCUCUGUGUCUGUUAAUAAUUAAUUAGAUCACUCAAACUGUGCGGCGACUUACCCCCAGGGCUCUUGUGAGUGUGUGUGUCUGUGUGUGCCCGUGUAUGCUCCUCUGUGUGUUCAGUUAGAGCGCGACCGAAAGCGAUGCAUACCAGAUGUUUUAGAAAUGAGGUGGGUUUCACUGGAACGUAACGCAUUCCCAUGGAUGUUUGCGGGAAGAAAUUCUUCCUCAUCUGUCGAGCAUGUACUUCAACCCUCCACCCCCCACACACACAAACACACACACACACACAAACACACAUUCACCCCAGGAGGCUGAGCAUCUCCUCUGUUUAUCUCUCCUCCCUGUGUCUGUUUUAAUUGGGUUCUUGUCAUAAAACCCGCAACCUCUCUUACUUGUGUGCAACACAAUGGAUAUGUAGAGGUUAGUGGGUUCGUAACCACUGAUUUGUGUGUUUAAUUGAGUCGACGCAGCACUCAGGAGCUACCUCCUUCUCUCUCCUGGUUUCAGUAGUUUCAGCUAAAAAAAUUGCUGUCUGCCAGCAUGGGUGUGCUCAUGUUUAUUUGUGUAUUAGCAAUGUGAAGUCAGAUCAAGGGCUGCACACUGAAUUGAAUUGUAAUCAGGAUCACAAUUUUGGCCUCAGAGUCAUCAGAGAACCCUGAUUGACAGGGAUCAUUGGCGCCAAAAUGUGAAGUUUAAUUGUUUGUUAUACCCUGUGUACUGUCAAGCAGAUUUUGAUGAUAUGUACAAAUGGGCUUUUAAGAUACAUACAUACAAGUCUGAAUGCAGUCACACUAAAUCAUUUAGUUCUGCACACACUCCGGAGUUAUGUUCCAGAGCUUUGGCCUGGAAGUCGAACAUAAAAUGAUAGGAAAGCAUUUUGUCCCUUGUGACAAUUCAUUGAGUGUAGGAGUGGGUAAAAAUCAUGAUUAUCAUGAUUUUUUGUUCUACAAUUUUUAAAUUGAUUUUUAUGUUGAAAUUUUUUUAAAUAUAUUUUUUCAAAUUUAAAAAUAAAUCUUAAAAACUGACUUGCAUAUGAUGUGUAUUGGGAUGGGAACUAUAGUUAUUGGAAUAGUCAGUAGAAAAUCAUAAUCAUUUAACUGUUUCACUGGUGUUAAAAUGCAGACUAAAAAUCAAGAAAAUUGGGGAUAUCAUAGAAUCGCAAUGUAAAUCGAAUCAGGAGAAAAGCAUAUUGUCCCAGCCCUGAUAGAGUGUAUGUGUAGCUGUUCUCAGGUUUCUCCUGACACAGUAGGAUAUCUGAUUGUAAACAUUGAAGGUUUUAUUUUUGCAAUUUCAAACCAGUGUGGCUACAGUCAAGCAGAUCAGGGGUGGAAUAUCCCACUUAACUUCCCUCACAUCACAGGAAUAUAUGCUAAAAAUAAUAAGAACCAUUAUAAUGUCGGGACUGUGUGUAUGCCAAGUGUUACAUUGUGUCAUCAAAGGAGUUGCAAAUUACUGUUUAAUAAAUGUUCAUCUAUUUGUUUAGAACAUGUUAAAAUGACCAAAAUAAAAUAUCUAGGCAUCCAAGCCAACAACAGUAUUCCUACUGUAAACAAUGAAUAAACAAUCACCGUAGGAGGAAGUUAAGAACUUAUCCUGUCUCCCCCUUUUUUCUGUUAUAUAAAAAAGCUUUAUAAAUGUCUCUAACACGUCCUGGAGCUGACUCGAUGUCUAUCUUUCACCCAGGAAAGGUGUGAAAUGGGCUCAUAUGGCAGAAGAAUGAUGCCUGUAACAUAACAGCUGUCAUCAUGGGCCCAUCUGCUUUUACACAAGCUAAACUAAGACUGUAUGUCAUCAGCAAUAUGUUAGACACAUGCACAUUAUGGUUUUAACAGGAGUUUUUUGUCAGCCGUGCUAAAGUGGGACAAUAUUAUGCUCCCAAAUCAUGACAUUUACUUCAUAUUCAUAUGCAUCAUAUACACCAUAUCCAGCUCAAUUCUUAUAUCUAUGCUUCCCAAUUAAAAAGAUGUACUAUCACUGUUGUGUGUUAAACAAAAUACACAGUCAAAAAAACAUUUCAAACCAAUAAAUAAACCUCAUUACAUACCCAGACCUACUAGUAUCCUUAUCUCAUACAAGUUUUUCCAUGAAUAAGCAAAGUCAGAACUCCCAGAAUUCUCUUUUGUCUGACUCACAGGCUGUUACUGUUACUCCAGACACCCAGGUGGUGACUGUACUUCCCCAUCCAUCCUCCUCAGCCUCAUCUCCGCAGUAACCACCUCCAAACUGGUUCUGCAGGGUUAGUCUCUCUGCGGGAGGGUUGGUUAAGAGAGGAGAAGAAGCAAACAGGAAAUCUCCUCUUCUAACUUUAGAGAGAAACAUGAAAAAUAGGGGAGUUUGUUUCUUAACGACACAUGAAGAGUUGUUUACUGUAAAGCUUUGACUUCAAACUUGGUUCAGGAUUUGCCUUCUCUUCUGGUAUUAAUGGGAUGCGGUGAUGCAUAUUGAAUUGUGUGGGAUUAAAAAGCUCCUCGGUCCCUGGUGUGGAAAUAUUGUGAUGUGUAUAACACAAUUGAUUCAUUUGUAAGUUUUUCCACCAGUUUUUUUAACUUCUUUAAAAACUAAUUUCCUGCAGUCUACUUCUAAACACUCCCACAGGCAUGGGUUGUUGCCACACCAGUAAAACAAAGAAGCACAUUACUGUCAUGUUGUGGCCAUCCACUGUGUAUACAUGAACAUAGUGUUAGUGGUGUGUGACCCACUGGUUCUCCACUGGACUCAACCUAACUUCUGAACAUACAGGAUGCAGCCAAAUCGUUGAACACGCUCUCUCCGCCCAUAAUCCGAUAAACUUGUGCAUAAUUUUUGGUCUUAAUAAAAUCAAAACUCAAUUUGUCAAAAAAAACUCCUCUUGGAAAAUUUAUGACAAUAAUCAAAUGAGAUUAUAUUUUUUUCUGCCGUGCUAUAAAUGUGUAAAUGAGGUUUCCCUCCUCUGCUGGGGGGUCGGCAGGGGUUUCCUCCUGUCACAUAUUUAACGGUGAAUAAAACACUGCAUUUCUUUUUAUGAUUUUGAUGUUUGUGGUAAAUUAACACUCCUUUUUCUUCUUUUUUCUCUCCAGUCCUCUGCGCCAAAAACCUGGCAAAGAAAGACUUCUUCCGUAAGUACCUUCUUACUCCAGAUGUUUAUGAUAAAUCUGUGUUUGCUUGUUCACGCCCUGUUCAGUGUCCUGUCGUUGGUCUGUAGGAAUACGAUGCAUCGACUCAAAAAUAUGGGCCACUUUUUUAGCCUUUAACGACACACUACGAUCCUCUUAGACAUUUCAAAAUGCAAGAAUACUUUACGACACGUCUUUGUUAGUAGAAGAACAUUCAAAUAUUUCCCAGCAUUCGUCAUCUAUAAUAGAGUUCUGUUUAGUCUGUGUCUAAAUUCAAUUUUUUUGGAAACCUUUCUGCAUAAAACCUUUCUAGUUUAAAGUCUUAAUAGCUCACAUGUAGGUGUCGUGAGCGUUGUGAGUGUUUGGCUGUGUUUAGGGUGGGCUGUCAUGGUGAGGAAGCAUGUAAAGGUCUUCUGCUCACUCAGGUGGUUUCUGUGGUGCCCAUUCCUGCCAUUCCAGUGCUCAGGAGCUGAGCAAACACUCAGCGAGAGAGCAGCACUGAAACCAGAGAUAAAAAUGUCUGUGUUUGUCUUUAUUCCUGAGCUAUAAUGUGUUUGUCAUGUUGUUAUUGUGCUGGUUUCAACCACAGUAUUUACAACAGGGACAACUUGUGAGUGUUUCACAUUUCAAGAACAACAAAGAUGUCCGUCACAGAUCUUCAGGGCCCUUUAGCUUAGUGGUUCUCAGACUUUGUUUAAGCCCCUUUUGCAAUGUUUUACCAAUUUAACAAAAGCAAACCCAAAAUAUUUUUGGUGGGAAAAACGCUUAUUUAAAGAGGAAAUUCAUUUUGCCUUGUUUACUACAUGUUUCUCUGUGUUUUUAGCCUUAUUGCUGCUUUGUUCCAACCAUGAAUGUCUUGUCAGUAAUGAAAACUUGAUUAAUGUAAACAUUGACAAUAAGACACACAAACUCAACGUGAUGAAGUUUUUCCCAAUUGGCAUGGUAUAACAUGAUAAUAAUGACAUUUUACUUCUUUAAAACUCAUAAUUAAAUGUAGAGUAUAAAACCUAGAUGUCCAUCUUUGAGCUGCUCUGGGGCUUUUAAAACAUUUUAUUUAGAAAGAAAAGAUAGUGUAUAAGGUAGGAAACUGGGAGGAGACAGUUAUAGAAUGCUCUACUACCAGGAUGUCAACAAGCACAGCCUGCCAUGGUAUGUUAGUAUGUUAUUCCACGAAAUGGAGAAAGGUUCCAUCUGAUUAAACUUGCAUAUAACCAAUAGACUGGACCGAUGUGUGACUGGCUCGGACGUGUGGAUGUCUGGAAAUCAAUUUGGCAUGUUUACCUAAAGACACUGUGAACCCAUGUUUGUUCAUGUUUGAUAAAUUAUACAUAUAUUAGAAUUAUAUUACAUUUGAGUGUUUUCAGUAAAAACCUAUUAUUGCCACCUCCUCCACAACAGGUACAGCUCCACUCUGGGGGAAACACUUAAAAGGUACUACUAUGACAGCCCAAUUUGAGUGCCACUGUUAGACGGUAUAAAAGACAAUUCUACAAUUCUCCACUCAAUUGCUUGAAACAUGUGUGAUUCUCUGAAUGAAUGUCGGAAAUAAUCACUCACAAAACUAAGAACUGAUAAUUGAGGGCAGAGCCGUACAACAGCAGUUGUCUGGCAGCCAUAUGCAACUAUCCUAAGAAAUUGAGAAUGAAGUCUUGGGCUGUGUCCGAAAUGAAUCACUCAGUCCCUAACCCCUAACCUCCAUAUGGGGUUUCACUAUAUAGCAGACCAUGUAGUGAGCUCAAUUACCAGAGUUUUCAGACACUACAUGGCAAGACGCAAUGCAUGACGGGAUGCCCACCACCGGUGAGUGACCAUCGGAUGGUCACUACAUUUUGCUAUGCUUUAUGGGAAAUUUUGAGUCACCUAUAUGGGGCAUUGGAAUUGAUCCCUGAGGUUUCGGACACCUCUCAAAAUGGCGCUAACCCCCAUAUAGUCGCCUAUAUAGAGGUUAGGGAUCCAUUUCGGACACAGCCUUGGACUUUGAAUGAUUUCUAUUAGUAGCAACACUGUUUUUAAUAAAUUUAAAUAAAAAAACAUGGAACGAGUAGAAACAGCUCUACUCUAUUUGCUGUCCUCCUAAUUAUCUAAGGGACAAAAUGUCUUUGAAAAUGAUCAAAAAUCUACGUAUGUCCUCCCGCAUGCUGUUUUUUUAAUUCUAAAAUGUUCAAUUGAAUAAACUUGUUUACCUUUUUUUUUAGUUUCGGCAUCCAUUCAAACAAGAACUGAAAAAAGUGGAGAGACAAAUUCACUCUGUCUUUUUGAUUCAUAACUGUAGUUUUCAGAUGGAUCAUACUGAAAUAAAAUUCUGAGAAAAAAGGAUGCAAACUAAAAUUAUGCUCCAAGAGCGUAGUCUGAAUUGGUUUGACCACAGAACACAGUGUGCUGUGCACAGAUACCACCACAUCAGUGUCAGUCAUAUGCAUCAGAAUCUGCUGUGAAGUUAGCCAGAACUGCUGUGUAAUGCUUUUGUUGUUUUUUCUGACAUUGUUUAUCUGUUGUUUGUUCUCUGUGAAUUUAGCUGUGGCUGACCAUGCUGUCGUUAUAUUCCCCCUCUCCCUGCAGGCCUCCCUGAUCCCUUUGCCAAGGUUGUCGUGGACGGUUCAGGGCAAUGCCACUCUACAGACACUGUGAGGAACACACUCGACCCCAAGUGGAAUCAACACUACGACUUGUGAGUCCUCUUUUUCGUCAUCUGUUUAAAGAGACCCAAAAAAAGUGUUGAUUUGGAAACCUCCCACCUUCCUGAAGACUCAUUCUGAUCACAAACAGCCUUGCUUAGGCACCAAUUUUCAUGUCUUUCUUAGUUUGACCUCACACUGAGAAGUGUCAGGCACUGGCAUUAACAGGACCUAAACAGAAACACAUGAAAACAGCUCUUGCAUCUGGUCUAUUACUUAUUGAGAUACUAUGUAAUGACAUAACUCUUCCGCACCAGCCAAGAGUCUAAAAAUGUCCCUUGGAGCAGUAUUUAAGGGAACAGUAGAAGGAGGGGUGUCUCCAAUACUAUUUUCUUCCAUUGACUGGAACACGUGCAUGUCUUGUUGUACCCUGAUUUCCUUUCCCAAAGAUGGUUUGACCUGCGAAAAGUAUUCUGGAAAGAAAAAGCUGAGACAGACCGCGUGAGUGAAAAUGUGAGAGUGAAAGUUUCCAGUAUUCGCAGCGGUGUUUAUCCAACCGCCGUGCGUAGCCAACAGCGAGAGGAAGCACAUGUCUCCGUUUGUUUGGUUGCUGGGGAUACAGGACCCUCUCCCUCUCUCCCUCUACAAGGCUGUUACAUUAAGUAUUCGCGUAACAUUUGACAAGAGGGGGGGAAAAAGUCACGUGCAUGUAUGCAUUCUUUUGAAAAAACAAACAGAUACAGAAGAAAACACAAUCUCCUUGUGGCUCUGAGGAGAAUCUGUCUGAUAAUUUCUCCCAAAAGCAUGCAGACGUCACUGGCUGGAGUUUGUAAGAAUUCCUCCUGAGUCUGUGCCAGUGACAAGUUUAACACCAGUCUACCCCCUUAGCUGCGUGUCUGUGUUUAUCAUGGCUCGCAGACGAUGAAGAGAGGUUAUGAUCGAGCGAGAGAAGCCGUCUGGCUGGCUCGCACUUAUUAAAAUAGGGCCUGCUGCAACACCUGGUGUUCCAAAUACGGCCUGGUGCAUUAAAGCUUUUGGCUGUGAUCCUUUUUUUCCAUUUGUUGUAAGAGCUCAUAUGAGGUUGUAGAAAUCCAGAGUGCCUGUGUGUGUGUGGGUGUGUGUCCAGGGCCUCGGUUUCAUAGGUCAGUCAUAGCCAACGUCCCAUGAACUGUGACCUCUCAGUAUUGUUGCAGGAUGUGGCCAGCAUGCCGAGGAUAGCAGACACAGUCUGUCUGGCUGCCUGCCUCUCUCACAUUCAGGCUGUUUUACAAGCUUAGUUGCAGGCUAAAUAAACAGCUCAUGGUUGAAAUUAAAAGCAGCAUUAGCAUAACAACCACUCCAGUUGUCAGUCUGUGAAGGAUAAGAGGACAGUGAUUAUUUUGAAGGAUUGUCAUUGUGGGCUUCAUGAAGCAUUUUGGAGCCUUUUUUGAAGUUUCUCUCCAGUCUCCAUUUACAGUAUCAUUAAUUAAAACCAUCUGCAGUGUUAAGUGCUCAGUCUAGACUCGUAUUAUUAAGGCCUUCUUGUAAAUUUGUUUUUCCAUCAACCGUCCAAACUACAUUUCUGUGCAAGUUUGCCCGUGCUAUUAUCAAUUCUUUAUUACAUCCUUCAUCUUCAGAGUUGUUUGUUUCUGGUACACCAUAACCAAAGCGUGUAAGAAAGCCAUUAAUGUGUGUAGAGUGCAUGGAUCUGAUAUAUUUUUUCUGGAUUUAAAGUAUUUUAUUUUAGAAUUUAAGCCUAUUGUGAACUGAGGUUUUUAACACUAACUUCUGGUCAGGAUAACUGAACAAUAGUGAGCCUGGGCAUUGAGCAAUGUUAACAAAUCAGAUCACACUAGGGAUGAAAAACUUAUUAUCAUAGUCUGUAUAUUUCAAUUUGUAUUAUUCAUUAGGAGCAGUAACCACUGGGUGACUCACUAUACAAUGUGAAAUCAAACAAAGAUUGCAAGAUGAUUUUAAGACAACACAAUAUGAUAGGUGCCAUACAAUACAAUUUGAUGCAUGAGACAGUACAACUCAAUAUGAUAUGGAACAUAUGAUAUUUAAUGAAAUACAUGACAAAUGUGAUUUGAUUUAAUACAUUAGCAUAUGGUGUUUUAAGCAACAGUGUGAUAAAGUGCUAUACAAUACAACAUAAUGCUGCACCAUAUAAUAUGAUUCAAUAUAAUACAAUUGGAUAGGAUAUAUAGUGAUACAAUACACUAUGAUAUGCACCAAUAUGGUAUGACAUACUGAAGAUUCAUCAUGAUGCAAUACCAUUAAAAGUAAUAUAAUGUGAUAUGGUAUGACAACACAUUACAAUACGACAGAAUAUGAUACAAUAUGAUGCGAUAAAGUAUGAUGAUGUGAUAAAGUAUGACACAACAAAUUACAAUAUGACACAACACGAUACAACAUGGCAUGACGCAACACGACAACACAAUGCAAAAUGAUUGGUCAGAGACAAGACAAUAUGAUAUGGAACAAUACAAUACAAUCAAGUAUGAUAAAAUAUGAUCUGGUGUGACAACUCAUGAUUCAAUAUGAUAUAACACGACACACUAUAAUAUGAAACAAUGUCAAAUGAUAACAUAAAAGAUGAUGUAUGAUAUGAUACGAUGAUAUGGUUUACGGUUAUAAUUAAAUUUAUUGAUCUAAAAAGCAAAUGGAAAAAUAGGGUACAAAGGUACUUCUCUAAGUAGUAUAUUUCAAAAUAAAUACCCAUUUUAGUGUUUGAUGGACAGAUACAAACUGUAUAUAUAGACCAACAUAAACUUGUAUGACUGCACCUGGAACAGCUGCUAUUGUAUUCACCAUGAUAUAUCAGGUCAUUUUUAAUCCACUUCCAUUCCUCUGUAUCUCUCAGUACAAUUCCUACCAUAGAAGUCAAGUGCAUCAUGCUAGUUUGUUUUAUGUAGUGAUGUAUUUCACACUCACUGUCAGAAAAAUGGGGAGUAAUUAUCACAUAGGACUCUGUCUCUCAUGAAGUCUACUCGUUUCAGAUGAGUGAAACUCCCCAAAGACUGUAGUGUGGCUUUCAUCUUCCCUCUCGUUUCAGCAUAAAGACAAGGAACAACUUUUUUUUUCUUUCUUCCUUCCUGUUUCUAAUGUGACGAGCACAUCUUUGAACCUUUUACACCACUUUCUGAUAGGAUCCCACUGUGGUCGUCUUCCAUUAUCCUGCUGUCAGCUUUUUCUUCGGCCAACUGACUGCCAUUCACUUCACCUUCAUUCGUAUCAUUUGAGCCACUUGAAAGAGUUCCAGGUGGGGAGCCAAAUGUGCAGGGAUGUCUGUUUAGAGUUGUAUAUUUUUUUAGUUUAAAUGCUGAUAUUGAGCCCCAACAUAUUUAGAAUCACAUCACAUAAGUCAGCACAAUUGAUGUAUUCAAAUGUUGUCUUAGGGCUGGGCGAUAAACGAAAAAGAUACCGAUACCGAAAUUUAUGUCAAUAACUGACAUAAUUUUGCCCGUGUCAAUAUAUUCUGUGUCAAAAAAUAAAUAAAUUAAAGUUGGUUUUGGGUGUGUGUAGGUAGGCUAUGGUCUCAUGUCCCUUUUAAGAUGCUGUCCUAUGUCGAAGACGUGACUCCACCUCAUCCAGUCCGUAACAAAGAGGGAAAGACAGGUGAGGAGAUGGAGGACGGUUCAAAAGUUGUAGUGGCUUGAGCGACGGCUGAAGUAGACAAAGUUAAUGUGGGAGGGGGUGAGCAGCUUGUGGAGUAGUUAUCGUCCAUUUAUCCUUAUCGAGGUGAACUGCUCAAUAUAUCAUGAUAUUGAUUUAAGGCCAUGUCACCCAGCCCUAUGUUGUCUUGCCCAAAGCAGAUACUUCAGGCUUUAGAUCUUUGUCUUGGCACAACAGAGAUCUUCAACUAUCAGUGAUUUUCUCUAAUCCUGACAAAGUAAAGAAACAUGUUGUAAAAUACAGAAUAUUCAUAGGAACCUGAUAUAGUCAUCUGUUAAAAUGUACAGGAAUAAACAAUGGAGUAGGUGAAGCUGCUUUUUUCAGCAGUUUAUUCUCACUUAUAACUCAGAACAACUGUCCUUAAAGUACCUCCCGUCUGCAGAAAGACCACUAAGGUAACAGUAGCCAUUGCUUGUGUACCACUCUUGUACAGUAUGAAGGUUUUAAUAUCAUUGGUAAAUAAAUUAGCGGUUGACUUGUGUAAAUCCAAGUUUCUGGUAAUCUGAGGACAUCAGCAGUUUCCAGUCCAGACUUGUGAAUCUUACUAGUCAGCCCUCAAUUUUCUUUCUGUUUCUAUUUCAGACUGCGGCUUUAUUGUUGCUGUAAUGUAAUGUUUUUCUUUCACUUUGACCACAUGUUCUUGGCAGGAACUUUCAGGAAAAAGCAACUAAAAGAGUGCCAGAGAUGCCUCCACUGAGAACAGAGUCUAUGGAUAAAGGAUGAACUUAGAAAGCACAUCUGACUCUUUAAAUCUGCUCAUUUCUCCUUUUUAUUGCAACUUUCCCAUUGUCUCCACUGCACUGUGUGUAUGUGUGUGUUUGUGUGUGUUACUGCCUUUGCCUGGUAUUAAAUAUCGUAGCCAGACUAAUGAAUUUUAUUAGACGGAGGGUGAUCCAGAUGACUGGGGCUGGGUAAUAAUACUUCCCUCUCGUCACGUCUGUCUGACUGAGCCGCUCUCUCACAUCGCACCCCAGACAGGCAUUUGGCAUCGACUCAAAAUGUCCAGACGUCUUACUCACAGCCCCAUUGUUUCAUAUCCCCUUUGGUAAGCAGCAUGAUAAUUACGGUGGGAUGCAGUUCUGCGAAAUUGUACAGAUGAUUAGUUUUCGACUGGAAAAGAGAGGGAGCCCACCCCAGCAGAUGUGCCAUGACAGGUUCACAUGGUUGGAUUUUAUCACAGCCUUGGCCCUGACUCACAAACCAGGGUUCAGAGGAAAAAGGCACUGGUGGAAAUAAUCUGUUACUUUAAAGCGUGUCUUAAAACAGACAUACAAAUGUUCCUCAUGUGUGGUGUUUUAAUCCACUUGCAGUGUUGCUAAAGGGGACAGACAUGUCCACAAGUCAGACCAAAAUAUUUUCAGUACAGAUCAGAAUUGGCAGCUGUUGGAAGCAUUGCCAUAAAAUGUUAUACAGAUAUUUCUUUGUCCCCCAGAUGAUCUCGUGACUCCAGCCUUUGAUUUUACCGUCUAAUGAAACUAUGAUGAUAAUGCUAGCGUGCCCACGCCAUGUCAAGGUCAGAAUUACAGCUGUAAGUCUGAGCAUGUAGCAUGUGAUGGAAGGUAACUUGCUUGGCUUUCUGCCAGGAACCUGUUUCUUUCUCCCAGGAGACAGCUGUCCCACCAUUACAGGUUGAAAUUUAAGGAUCUUUUUGAAAAAUGAACAAGUGGUUUUAGAAAUGUACUACCUACCAGAUAAAUCCAGAGAAAGACAGAGUGAAGAUGUGAGAACAAUAACUACAACCGUAACUUGCAAAUACACUUACUUUUAACCGCCACAUCACAUACUUCACAAUGAACGCAGUGCACUGUACCGUCUUCAUUGUGAAGCUAUUUCAAGUCUUUGAACCACUCUCCAAAAACUGUGGGCCUUCUCUGCUGGUAGUCCACACUUCACCCCGUCCUCUCUCUUCAUUUCAUUCUGAUCCCCUGCUAGUUUGCUCUCUGUCAUGCAACAAGAAAGAGUUUGUUCUUUAACAACCCCUCAUAUAUCUCUAUAUAUUUGUACUCAGACACAUACUCACAUGCCACACUGAUGGCUUUCCUUUCUCUACAUUCACACAAAUAUUCUGACAUUGGCAGCAGCCAGCUACACAUACCUUUGAAUCAGUUGUAUGAAGGAAAAAUGGUCGGCAUUACACUAAGACAGCCAAAAAUAUAUACUCUGAUGGUCGCCCAGGUAUCACCUAGUAUAGGAAACACCUCCUGAGUCUGAGUUUCUCCACAUUGUCGUCUCAUAUAUCCCUAAUACACCCACUCAAUUUAUGCGAACAGAACUUCUUCAGAUGAAGGAAAGAGAAUCAAAGCAAAUCAUUCAUAAAAUGUUAUGCUUUAAAAAAGUUAACUUCAAGGGAAACUAAAAUUGAGUUUUACAACUUAACUCCCACAUUUGACAUCAUAAUUAAUGACUGUUUACACCCAAUUACAUUUUGAAUUAAGCAAGUUUAAUAAGGCUGCUUGUUUCACUUCCUCAUUUAAAUCAAAAGGGCCUCGAGCGCUGAGAGCCGGGUGUGAAAUGUACAGUCUUUUCCCACAGUCGACAGAUUGCUGUAUGCAUAAUAAUCCUUCAUGUUUGCAGCAGUUUGGAUGCAGAUCAUCACGUCCCUGUCAUCACUCCUCUCCCUCUGUCCACUCUCUCACUCCUCCUGCUCUGUGGGCUGAGAUGCUGUGAAAACUAUAAAUGAUUCACAGGGUCACAUUCUGCUUGUGGAGCUCUGUCUCAUACUCAGACGCUCAGGGUCAGAUUUACACAUUCACAGAGACUGGGGAGUGGGAAAAUCCCUCUCAGUCACCCAGGCUUCCUCUUCCUCAUCCGCCUCCACGGCCCUCUGUGACUUGUAGAGUGUCCUUGACGGGGCGACUUAUUGUUAGGGGAUGUGUGUCUCCCCUGCGUUCCUGAGGACAUCCUGAAUGAAACUUUAUGGCUCUAGCAUAUUACAUCUCCUUUCAGGUGUCUAGUUAACCACCGCAGUUAUACGGGGUUAGUUUCAUGCCACUAAUGAAAGAGCCUUGACUUCCUGAAUACUCAUUCUGUCUUCUUCUUCCCUCUCUCCCUCCAGAUACAUCGGGAAAUCAGACUCCAUCACCAUCAGCGUGUGGAAUCACAAGAAGAUCCACAAAAAGCAAGGGGCUGGUUUCCUGGGCUGUGUCCGCCUUCUGUCCAACGCAAUCAACCGCCUUAAAGACACAGGCUGUAAGUGUCAGUAUUACUUUAACAGAGCAAACUGAGAAUGGCUGCUUCUUAUUUCAUAAAAAAAAUUUUCACGUGACGUAUUCUGUGUUUCUGUCUCGUCUCUCGUGUAACAAGCUUUGCUGCAUACAGGCACCUUAAAGCGACAGUAUUCCCAAUUCUAUCAAAGUUUGGAUGUUACGUCAAAGGUGGAUUAUAACGGAAUUUGAUGGUUUGCAAAUAAUUGAAACACUUUUUUUUUCUUAACUGAAAAUAGUGCAAAGAAUACAUACUAAAUAUUAAAACUGGGCAUUUUGAUUAUUCAUGGAAAAAUGUAGAUUUUUAAAAAAAAUGUGAUACCAGCAACACUUUUACAAAAAGUUUAGACAAGGACAACUAAUGAGGUUAAUUUGUAAUGAGAUAGCAAUAUGGCUGGGUGUUAGCUAGGCAUUCCAGAGAGGCUGAAUCUCUCAAGUAGUAAAGCAAGAAUGAGGUGCACUCCUCUGUGAGAGACUGCGCAAGCAAACAGCUUAACAAUUUUGGAAUCAUGAUAUCAUGAAAAAAGGGUUGGACAAUAUGGCCUCAGAUCAAUAUCACACUAUAUUGAGCAGUUCACCUUGAUAACGAUAAAUGGACGAUAACUACUCCACAAGCUGCUCAGCUCCUCCCACAUUAACUUUGUCUACUUCAGCCGCUACAACUUUAGAACCGUCCUCCGUCUCCUCACCUGUCUUUCCCUCUUCGUCACGGACUGGAUGGGGUGGAGUCACGUCUCUGAUGUAGGACAGCCUCUCAAAGAGACAUGAGACCAUAGCCUACCUACACACAUCCAAAACCAACUUUUAUUAAUUUUUUGACGCAGAAUAUAUUGAAGAAGUGAUGCAACACAAUGACAAACAUACUUCAGAUUUGAUUUAAAGUACCUGAUUUAUGUUCUCUCUCUCUCUCUGUUUUUUUUUUUUUAUUUUGCACAAUUUUGGUAAAGCAUAGAUUUAAACAGUCCCACCAAUUCCCUGAAGAAAGAUAACUGGUGCUGGCAGAAAUCAGCCCUCUGUAAAUGAAAUCUCUCCUUGCGUGCGUACAGAUUUUGCAGCCAAACUAUAACUAUCUCUGUUUUCCUGAGUCAUUAAUCCGUCUUAGUGUCUACACUUGUCACUCCUUACUGAGACGUAGAGUAGCUGCUGCAAAAUUAAUUGCUUCUAAUGUUGACACAGCCCUAAUGAUGCAGUAAGGGCAUAUCUAUGUCGCUAGUUUUGUAUGUGUGGUUGGGUCAGGAUCUAAAUGACUUAGAGUCGCUCCUUUUAGACCUUUUUUUUUCAACCAGGGUUGAUAGAGUCCAGACCCAUGUGAGUGGGGUGGGUCAACACUCUGCCCCCUGCCAGAACAGGAAGAGCCGAUCAACAUCACCCUGCAAUUACCAUAAAGCCGUCUCAUGUCUUAAUCUGACUGGAUAAAUGAGAUGGAAGCUUUGGGAAAUGGCUUCUAGUAAAAGCAGAACCAGACAGUUGUAGGUUCAAGAAAGUGGUCUACAGUGAUGCUGACUAGUACCUGCUGGCUCAGCCUGUAGGCGAGAAACAGGGGGAAAAAACACCGCUUUCCCUGGAAGGCCCUAACACUGUUGUUUUCCUGGAGCGACACAGGAAACCUGAACCUUGUGCCACAGCUGCAAGUGGUUUGCUUGUGCGUUAGCUUUUUUUUUUUUGCUGGCCUCCUCCUCACCCCUCAGCUUCCCCUCCAGUCCCCUACACACACUUGCAGCGUGCAUACACACAAACAAACACACAACAUGCCAAUGUGACUAACCUCGCUCUAUCUCCGUCCGCCGAUCUAGACAGCUGGUCAUUCCACGCAGACAUGCAUAAUUGUACAGCUAUUUAAGUGUAAGCGUAGAUUUGUUGUGUUUUCUCUGUUGUGGUCUACCCCCCCCCCCCCCCCCCCCCCAUGUAUAUGUGUGUGUGUGUGUGUGUGUGUGUGUUUGUCAUUCUUUUGUUUUCCUGAGGAAUUUACCAGAAGUUGCAGUUUUGUCUCCUCCACAGGGCUAAAGGAGGGCAUCUGGUUGGCAGAAAUAUUUGCAUUUAAAUGCAGUGUCUAUGUUUUACAGUAACAUUUAUAUAUAAUUGCAGAGUACUGUUGUCUGUGGCUGCAUAUUUAAAUGUAUAUACUUGCGAGUGCACUUCUCUGUCUGCGUUUUACUGUCCGCGUGUGUGUUUUCUGUUUUCUCUGUGGCUGCUGACCUCCAGCCAGCCUUGUAACGGUUUGACCAUUGCCUGUUAUGGUCCGUGUUUAGUCUAGACAGACAUCCUGAGCUGAUCUGCAUGACACCCAGACAACAGAGAGAGGGAGAGAGCAGAUAGUGGCAUUUCUCAUGUCUGCAGGCAUUUUUUUUUUUGUCCUUUUUUUUUUCUCUUUCCGCCUGAUCUCUGUGUUUCUCCCUUGCUCUCAAAUUCCACAGACUUUAAGAAGUUCAGACAAAGAGUUUCCAGACUUUGGCAGAGGUUCAUGUCCAUGCUAAGACCAGAGCGGAAUAGUGCGGGCUUUGUACUGAAAUUUGUCAAAUGUUUGACCUCUGCAUUUGAACUGAAGCCUGCUCUGUACCGUUGCUCAGUGAGAUUUUUACGGCCCCGUGGCUGCUGCACAGACCCAGACCAUCUGUUCCAGGGCACAGCCGAGCUGCGGUCUGCAGACAGAAGAAUGAGAGGAGGAUAAUGAGGGAGAGAGAGGAAUGGCCUCUGAGUGAUGUAAAUGAUACAGAGCAAUGGGACGUCCAAGGGGAAAAAUAAAACAACACAUAUGCUAGUUACAUGCAUCUCUCUGACACUGAUGAAUCCUCUUCUCAACUCGGCCUUUCAUCUUUAUUCUCAUUUCCUGUUUGUCUCCUGAUGUUUUGUCUCUGUCUCCCCACAGAUCAGAGACUAGACUUGAACAAGCUGAGUCCUAAUGACAGCGACACAGUCAGAGGACAGAUAGUCGGUAAGUGCACAUGGACACAGCAACAAGGAUGUAGGUUUGUUACACAGAGGGGUUUAGGGUAAAUGGUCAAAACCAAACUGUCAUGAAGAAAGUCACAAUUUUGAGGAAAAGUAAAUAUUAAGAAAAGUCUAAAAGUUUUGAAUGAAGUAGAAAUUUCUAAGUUGAAUUUGAAUUGAAUUGUGAAUAAAGUUGAAAUACUGAGAAAGAAGUCAAAAUUCAAUAUUAGCCUGCAAAUGCCCAAGUGAUGAAAGUUUCCAAUGUACAGAGACUCUUGUCCUCGUCACAGCUGUUGCCAGUUCGAUUCCCUUCCACAACUCUGUGCCGCGGGUCUCCACUCACUUUCCACUCACCAUAUUUCCUGUCUCGCUCCAGCUGUCCUUUCUAAUACUGGCGAAAAAUUACCCACAAUUCAACUUUAAAAAACAAAAAACAUAAAUUAAUAUCAAGAGUUGCUCAGUGGCGAUGUCACACAUCUGCAUAAACAUUUGUACUCUCGCUGGUAAACACUCAUACUUGCUCAUUGUGUUUAAUUGUAAAUAAGACUUGUAAAGUAUCUAUAAACCAUAAAACUCAGCUGUAAAAAGAAUAAAAGCAGGAAUAUGAUUGGAUAAGCAGAUCACACUGAAAUAAAAAACUGAGUUAAAAAAACAAAACACAUGCAUCUGCUCAGUCUGCCAUCAGACAGUGCUAAGGUUGAAACAAGCACAAGAGGUGAACUCAGGUAAUACUUCACAGGCCUGUCUUUCAUGAACACUGUUCACUCAAGUUUCCAAGAUUUAGUAUUUCUUUGCCUUUAAAUCCACUAGACAUCAAAUUUAGUGCUUAUUUUUGUAAACAGACCAGAUGGUUGUGAUAUGAAGGCCCCUCACUUGUAUGUUAUCAGCAACGGCAUGCUGUGAGUCUCAUCAGAAGAGGGAGACGAACUGAACAGACUGUCAUCUGUGAUCAUUUCCAAAGCAUAUACCGUGUCAGUUCUUAUCUCACAUAGGCAUCUUCUGUCUCUUUUAUUAGUAGUACAAAAAAAUUCAUAAAAUAUAACCUUAAAAAAUUGGUUCUGUACCUGAAUAUUAAAACCUGCAAAUCACUUUUCAAAUUGAUCACCUUACAGAGACAUAUAUGUUAAGAUACAAAGCCUGUUCAAAUCUGACCACGUUUGAGCCAAAAAUGCAUGUGCAAUACCAAAAUGGAAAGAAAAUCUUCUGGUCUACUCAGAAAUUCCUCUUAUGUCAACUCUGCAUGUCUAGCGAUAAAAUUUUUGCACACUUUCCAAGUUCAUGUUCUGAUUUGAUGAGGGGUUUACAUGAAUUUCCCUGCCAGAAUCCUGCUAUAAUUUUUCUGGUUAUUGCAACAUCAUUGAAAUGCAAGGCGAGUACGUGAAAUAUGUUCAGCUGCAGUCUGCUGUGUGUUGCCUGUUCUUGUAGCUCAAUAGCUGUCCAAUAUAUACCGUAAAUCAUGUAGAAUUUAGGGUUGGAUUUCAUCAUCGCACACCCUCCCUGCAGAAAACCAAAAUAAAUAAGAGGAAUAAAAUACAACCUCCCUUUGAGCAGACCCCCCAGGACAUCACUGAUAAAACUGAACCCUGGUCCUGUAACUCAUAAAGAUAUACCGCUCUGUUUUUAUGUUUGGAUAAAAUAUCCAUGCCUGCACUGUAAUGUGCUGUCUAGUAAUCUCAGAGUGUGCAUCUGUCUGCCAUGUGUUGCCUCAGUGAGCCUGCAGUCGAGGGACCGGAUAGGCACAGGAGGCCCUGUGGUGGACUGCAGUCGACUGUUUGACAAUGAUCUUCCAGAUGGGUGAGUGACUUUGGGGAAAUCUCUUAUCAUCUCAGGAGGAGCUUUUUUAAAGACUGUAGCAAAUCUUGAAAAUAAAUUCUGCCUUCAAGCGCAGGAGUUUAGCUCUGCAGAAUUUGAUACAUGCAUGCGGUGAGACAGAGCAGCCAGACAGAUGAGCACAGGAUGAUUCUGUGGCUUCUUUAACCGUGUCCGCUGACUGCUGCGUCUGUGUGUCUGUGUGUGUGUGUGUGUCUCUCUGGCCAGCUGGGAGGAGAGGAGGACCGCGUCUGGACGAAUCCAGUACUUGAACCACAUCACACGCACCACACAGUGGGAGAGGCCGACCAGGUGAGUACACUCACACUGCCCACAGAAACUCAAACCCAGACCCCUUAAAUCACACAGCAGCAGGCCAGUGGAAGACCUCUUCUCUGACCUCUGUGCAAAUUGGAGGAAGUCUGUCUGAAACUGGAGUGGUCUUUUCAAAAAGAAAGAGACAGCCGUGUCAGAUGGACUGAUCCAGACAGUGUCUAAUGAUGUGGAAGAGCUGGAGAAGUCACAGAGAGUAUGAGAGGAGCAGAAAUAGAGGCAUUUCAUCACCACUGCUCUGUCUCUUUGUUUGUACGAGUUUGUUUUUGUAGCUGUUUCUACGUACGCACUCUUCAGCGAAAGUUUCAUAUGAGCACCAACACAUGCGGCCUCAUUCCUCCAGUACACAGAGCAUGUUUAUAACCUAAAAAACAUCAUCACCCCUCGUCUACCUCACACACAGUGAAGUUUUUACAUGAGUUCAUCUCAGUUUUACCUCAUUAUGAUCCAAUAGGACAGGUGGAAAAUGUUUAAUGCAGAAUCGGGGUGAAGAAUUUGGUUAUUUUUGUUCACACAUGCAGCUCACCUGGGUGUCUUCGAGAAGUUUUUCAGGAACUUUGUGUUUGUAAGGAAGAAAGGCAACUUUGUCAAAUGCUCUUUGGCAUUUUUACACUUCCCAACUUCCAGACAAUUGCAAUAUGUAUGUCCAGAAAGUUUCUAUAAUUGUCUCUCUCACAUGUAAUCUAUGUAGCAAGCAUGCAACAAGUCCCUGAGAUCAAACAAUGGUAAUAUGAUGCCGAUAUCAGGGUUAAAACUGGCCGAAUAAAGGCUGGCGAGAAGGUUACGUAUAGGGUAUACGAGCUUCAAAUACAUCUUUUUAGCGAAAGCUACGUAAGGAAUCAAAUGAUUUUCUUGGUGAAAAUGUUGCUUUAAACCUUUCAGUGGAAUCCUACAUCCAUUUGAUCAUUAAAAACUCUGUCUCUGAGCAAAGCUGCAUGGAGAGCCACAACCAUCAAACAGCUUGAACAUGCCCCUCCCUCGAUCAAUGACUGGUUUGAUCUAAUUUAUGAAAUUUACAAAGUGGCAUGGAUCACAUUCCCUAAGAAGGCUUCAGAAAGCCAAAUUCAAAGAAUUAUCAGAGAAGCGGAUAUCAUCCAUCUCCUCAAAAUGCCCUUCUUUGUACUCUUUCUCAUUAAAAACACCGGUCUUGUCCUUAUACCAGAUAACAUGGAAAUUUUUGAAUGUUCAAAAACUUGAAUAAUAUCCUUUGAGGUGCUUUCUUCUCGCUGGUUUUCCUGAUCGUCCUUUCCCCCGUUUUCCUCUUAUUUUUCUCCUCCCAGGCCUGCGUCUGAGUACUCCAGCCCUGGUAGACCUCUCAGCUGCAUCGUAGAUGAGAACACGCCCAUCAGCACGAACGGGGCCACACCCACCACAGCAUUGCCUCCUAGCGGGGGUGACCAGCGGGCACAGGAGAGAAGGGUCAGAUCCCAGAGGCACCGGAACUACAUGAGCAGGACCCACCUGCACACACCCCCAGACUUACCAGAGGGAUAUGGUUAGUGCGAGUCCUGAUCAUCUAUAUUCUCUGACACUAACGCACUUUAGUCAUGAAGCUUUUCUGCGCUGUAGUCCAAAAAUAAAAGCUUUAGAGCGGUCUUUUGAUGAAACGAAUUGCCCUAUAUUUCCAUACUAAAUCAUUAGAGAGAUAUGUGUGCGUUACCCUGGAGUACUGGGCCUUUUAUCCUCUGUUAAUCCGCCUCUACCUCAGCUCUGAAUUGUGUCAACAUUGUAAUGCUGUUGUGUUAAUUACCUCCACUCUGCCCUCCUCCCUGCCAAAGACUUAGCUUAAGAAACCCGGCUAAUCUGUGGCCUCAUUCAGUCCAGCUCUGCUCUGAUGACGCUGCAGCUCUGCACAAGGAGCCUGAAAUACUGGCUCCAUUUUAGACAAUCUAAUUGAAUUGAUCGAGCUGUUAAGGGCUGGCGGCAGCCAUUCACUCUCCCCCCUCUGCGCUCUGCUCUGCACACAGCCGAACAAUCAGAUGCAUUCAUAUAAAAGCAAACACGCACACAAGCUGUGAUCCCCUACACAGCCCAAGGGAGGGGUUUUAUCAUCACAGGGAAAUCUUCUGCAGGAUUUUGGGAGCCAAAGCAAUAAAAUCAUAUUACAACUUUGCUCUCAGUGGUUCAGAUUAUGAGGCUCAAACCUCACUACGCAUCUCACUCCCUCUCUUUUUAUCCCUACUUUUUAAGAUUUGAGUGUUGAUCAAGUUUUAGAGCAUGAGUAGUCAGAGGAAAGCAAGUAGAAUAUAGAUUUCUCAGUCUUCGUUGUUGGCAGAUCCAUCUCCACCUUCUCCGGAUGUGCAAGAGUGAAGCCGAAGUGUCCUUUGCAAAGGACUCUAACAUCUUAGGUUGUUGAUGUCAUUUUGAGUCACCCUGGACUUCCACUAAAUGUAUGUUCAUUGUUACUCCACUCUGCCAGGGAAGCAGAGCUGAUAUACUUUACUGUAGUCAUUUGCACCUUCUCAGCUCCUGCAAUCUGGCGCAUUCUACAUCCGAUCUGCAGAAUUUUAACGAAUGCUGGAGCACGGCGCAUCACUCAGCACAAGGCAGAUCUUGCUUUUAUAGUUUUACCUGUCCCCCAUCUACUUCCACAGAAGAGUCAAGCCUAAUGACCUAUAAUACAACCAGCCAAUUGGAGUGUUUUGGCUUCACUGUUGAGGAGCUGUCACUCUGUCCCUCUGUUCAUCCAGCCUGUGGUCUCUGCCCUCACUCUCAUAAGUCUCUGGCAGUCCCCAUAAAACCUGUCAGCACGUCCAACUCUCUUUAUGCGCACACUUCAGCCCCCAGUGUGUCAAAUGUAUAUCGUGCCCUCAUCAGGCGUGCGUGGGUUUGGAGGGUUAUGUGUGUACAUGCAUGUUAAAGCGCAAGGCUUGGUCCAAAGGGAUGCCAGAGGAGAGCUCUCUGGCAGGCCUCUCUGUGGAAAUAUCUCUGUCAGACUUUGAUGAAUGAGCUCACCAUCUCAGAAGUCAGACAGCCUCAUCGUUCCUCUCCUUUCCCCUCCAAUGUUCCUCACCCCCUCUCUGUCUCGCCUCCCCUUCUUCCUCACUUCUUCACCUCCUCCUCCUCUUCGCAGCCUUUCUGGAUCUCGACAGACUCUCAGUCCUUUCAUCUGCAUCUGUGUGAUCUCUCUCUUACACAGACAGAUUAUGGGCGCGAGCUGUCUCACUGUGGCACAUGACUUACCCUCCAUUUCAUUUUCUAUACAUAGACUGACAUUUGAAAUUCAGCCAGGAUUCAUUUUGAUUCACCUCAUUGUGAAACAAAAGAUCCGCAGACCUUUCAUCCCAAGUUUUCUUGUCGUCUUACAGAGCAGAGGACCACGCAGCAGGGCCAAGUGUACUUCCUCCACACUCAGACCGGUGUCAGCACAUGGCAUGAUCCAAGAGUACCGAGGUAAGUCCACAAAAGAAGAAAAAUCACAGAUGGAUCUUUUGUGUCUUUGGGUGAGCCACAAUGAGGUUUUGGGAUAAAACAGAUUUGGGACACCGAUAUAGAGAGGCUGUAGUUUGGGUUCAAAUCUAACCUGUGGCUCUUUGCAGCAUCCACCACUCAUCCACCAUCAGUCCUUUGAAUAAAGGCAUUAAAACCCCACAAAUCUCAGAGAAAAAUGUGAUUUUAAGAUUGCGAAAAGCAGAGAAACUAAAAGAAAGACUAAAGCAAAGAAGUAAAUAAGUGCAUUCCUGAAACUCCUCCAGGGAGACAUGAUGUACACCGUUAUUUAUAUUGAAAAGGUAUUGCACUCAAAUUGCAAUAAAUUCUCAAAGUUUACCUAAUAUCUGUUAAAAAUAGGUCUUUUCCUCACUCUUCAGCGGCUGCUCUGCGGUGUGUCUGUCAUCAGUAUUUCUGCUGGAGCGCCGUUAAACCUCAACCUCUGAUUAAAAGGGUAAUUUUGAAACGUAUAAAUAUAGACUAUAGCCUUUAAAAAUCUCAGUACAAGCAGUACUGGAAAACAAACUGGAAACAAAGUUCCUAGCUGCUUCACCACAAAUAAGGAAACAGUCCAGUAUAUUAAGACUUUCACAGCUAAUCUUCUUGUUAAAAUCAGGAUAAAACACAGGACUUCUCAUGUUUGGGGUCUACACUUUUGCAUGCUAACAUACGUUUUCGACCAUCGGGUGAACCACCUAUUUCUUAAUGUCACCAUGAUGCCAUGUCAGGAAAAACAGACACGUAGCGUACGAGAAAAUCGUAAGACCUGAAUGUCAGACUGUGAAGUUUUCUCGUCUUCUCAGUCAGAGAGAGUGUAAUAGUGUGAUUGUCAUUGUUAGAGUUUUCACAAGGAUGAAAUCCAGAGAAAUUUACAGCACGCUGAGUAACAGGAUAGACGGGGACGACUCGGCUGCUUGUGCUGGUUUUAGUGAUAGAGAUUCAUGUUAAAAUAAGAACUGUGAAAACCCGUCUUUUUCAGUCACUCAUGGGAUUUUAUGUUCUACAAAUUAUCAUUAAAACAACAAAUAAAAAAUCUAGUGAGAUGUUUAGACAGCUUCAGAGCCCUAUGGUCAGCAUUGACACACUGUCUUACAGUGCAUCAUCAGAUUAUAUUAAUAACUGUUAACCUUAAAUUUAAGUAUGAUUUGUUAGCAGAAAGCCUGGUGAAAGUAGGUUAUUGGAUGUGCAAAAAAAGCGUGCAUGGGAAUCGUCGUCAACAAAACUGACAUCACUCUUGUGUCAUGGCAUCUCUCAGCGCUGGCGUUUUCAUACUUUGCUGAAACCUGCAGCUGAUUAUGAGCCCGACAUGCUGCGAGAAGUUCCACGUCACGGGGCUCAGAGAGAGAUUUGAGUCCUUUAGAUAUAGUGCUGAAAGGCUCUCACUCUGGGACACAUGGCCGGCAGCACACAGGUCUUGAUCAGCCGUAACAGAGAGUCUCAGUCAGGCACGUGUGUCAUAUUGAUUAUCAUACUCCUGAGGAAACACGCACACACACACGCACACACACACACACACACUUGUCUUGAUAAAGAGACUGACUCCAGUGCACUCCAGAUGCUAUCAAUAAAACAUGACUGAUGCUAUAAUACCUGGCCUCUGCUCUCCUGCAUUUUUACGUGGAUGAGUGAUAGAUGAUGUUUUUAAUGCACUAGAUAGGAGGCCAUCGAGCUCGCCACACCUCACUGCGUCCUCCUCAGGCAUUAGUAGAUAUCUCAGCUGCCAAGCCUCCUGUACAUGCGAGGCUUUAGUCCCUUUUGGUUCUUUUCAAUCUCGCAAAAAAGAAAAAGUCUUUAACCAGCCUUGUUUACCUGAACUAUUUUCUUUUAUCUUCACGGUCAGACUGAAGGCUUUGCAGGGCAGCGGUUAAUCAUUAAACAGGGAGGAAGAAGAAAAAUAGAAUAAAAGGGAUUUCUCAGACAUUUAGGAAUGUCCGCCUGAGCGUCGUUAGACAGUGCUACAUCCUCUUUAUCUCUCUCCAUCUGGAAAGAGGAUGUAGUUCUCUCACUCGAAACUCAUCAGAGGAGACAGGAACAUAAAAAAGCUCAAGUAAGGUAUGCUAUUACUCAGCGGUUCCUAACAGGUCUGACCUCGGGACCGACACCACCUCUAAUGACGGAUAAUAAGUUAGAAAAAUAUAGUGAGAAACGACGUUGAUUACAAAGUGCUUUACAACAACAAAGCGAAGAUAAAAACAGAGAGGAAAAAUCAAAGUUAAGAGUAAAACAGAGCAGAAGUAGUCGUAAAACUGAGCCGACUCUCGUCAAUGAAAACAGGUAGAGUUGUACUCUAAAGGCUCAUUCAUGCUCUAUGUCAGAUCUGUAUACAGAUGCUGUUAGAGCUUUUAUAUCCAUCCUGGUAAUCAAAAUGAGUUCUGCAGAUUUAGUAGGUGAGAGUGAAUUCAGAGAGAGAGUGCAGUGGUUUAAGGGGAUUGUUGUUUGGUUUUAUACAUUAACUAGGUGUGUUUUUGCUUCGCCCUCCUUCUCCAUUAUCUUAUUUGACCUCAAACUGUCUCAAAUCCAGGUGGACUAAUUUUUGAUUCUGUGUUGUGUUUCAUUUCAGAGAUCUGAGUAAUGUGAACUGUGAGGAGCUGGGUCCUCUGCCUCCUGGAUGGGAGAUCCGAAACACGGCCACGGGGAGGGUUUACUUCGUGGACCACAACAACCGAACCACACAGUUCACAGACCCGCGCCUCUCCGCCAACCUGCAUCUCGUCCUAAAGUGAGUACUACAGUAACCCCUGAGCCAGAGAAUGUGGAGUGCAGCGAGUUUGACAGAGCAUGAAAAAAAACCAUGAUGUAAGAGCGGAGAGAUUUAUUUCUGCUCUGUGUUUCGUCUUUUUUUCUGUGUCUGUAGUCCAAGUCCCAACGGUUCUCGAGGAGGCAUCGAGGCUCAGAAUGUCAGGUAAGGGUUUGGCCACAUGCCAGCACUCUACACAGACAAAAACUCACACACACUCACACACACGCACACACUCCUCCAGACAUACACAGACUUGCUAACGUUGCCUCCCCCUCAGUCAGUGUUUUUAAUGUGGGAUCCUGUGCCAAGGUGUGUUCACCACCUGUAGAAGUUCAGCAGGCAGAGCGAGCGGCCCUUCUGCUGAGCAGACGUUUGUGCGCUCACACAUACACACAAAACAAACAUACACAGUGCGCUCCUCCGAUCUUUUUUCUGCUCAAAAAUGUAGAUUCUUUCAGCCCACAGAGGUUUUGAUCAUGACGGCUUUUUAGCACACAAUCCGUCACAAAGCUAGCGCUGGCCAGACAUCAGAUAGCUGAGUGGAAACUGCGGCUGCUGUGUCUGUCUGAGGGAGCGUCUUAAAUCCAGGAAACAGAGUAUAAAUUAGAUGCCCAAGCUAAUGAAUGAACCAUGUGUGCGUGUGUGUCCAUCUGUGCCGUGUUGGUUCUUGCGUCUGCGCUCGCUACAUGACUGCCCACAUGGAUGCACGUGUUCAGAGUCUCCCUCCUGCGCAGCUGUUCAAACACAUACUGUGCAGCGAUAGCCAUAGCGUUACCCAUGGGCCCUUGCUCCUGAAAGGUGGUGCAGCGACAUAGGGGGCCCUUCUCCGCUUGACCCUACCUCUUCCUCAUGCGGAGUGAGAUAACGCGCUGAUGAAUCUGUAUUUGUUUAGCUUUCUUCAUGUCUGCUGCAGCGCUGAUAAAAAUGUUGCCUGGCGCAGCACAUCUGUUUUCAGUGUAAGAAUGUUGUCAUGAGCAUGACUGUACCCAGAUGUCUUUAAAUCUCCAGCACAUCUUUUUUCAUCGUGCAUAUACUCAAGGAGAGAGGAUAUGUGGACAUGUAUUUUCAUGUGAUAGGAAUCAUGUUGCUGUUCUGUCUCAAAAACGUAGUUUUUAUCAGAGUAGGUUUGUAAUCACCGAGUACUUUUAUCCACGUUUUUACACACCAUCCCAUUUUUAUGAGUUGUCGGAUGCUGUGUAAUCUUUGCAUGAGAUUCCUGAAAUCGCUUCUAUAUAAGUUGUGCGUGGCUAAGGUUAAAUCUGAUUCCCCUCGUAUCACAUGAACCCUGAAAUCGAUGAUCUGGGCUUCAUUCUGGGUUCCAGUCAGUUCUGGAGCUGCAGAUAAAGAGACUUUGAAGCUUUAUUUCUGCGUGUCAGAAACCUGGAAAAGACAUCUUCUGUCGUGGAUCUCAAAAGGAUAGCUGCCUUUUGUCAUGGCAGGGAUUUUAGGAAUUUUCAACCCGAUUGUGGCGUCAUCCCACAAAAAUGUUAGAAUCGUAUAUGUCCAUCAAAGUGACAGUUUAUUGCAUUUUUUUAUUUGUUUGAAGCACGGCCUGAACAGCCAGAUCCUGGUUUUUGUUGAAUUUCCACUGUGAUGUUUCUGAAUUUAAAACCCAAAUGGUCGUGGUCCCUUUUCAGGAGGUAAUUGAAUCCUUGUCUCCUUGAAGAGCCUGGCAGCAGGACCACCUUUUGAAAAAUCUGUGUGUUUUUCAGACAGCCUAAACUCUGCUCUAAGUGAGCAUCUUUAAGGUAGCAGAGAAAUGUGGGCCAUGUUUUUCAGCAGCGAUGAGAACAACAUAGACAUUGCAGGAAUGUUUGAUUUAUGGGUCAAAGUGCAGGAAAAGAUGCUGCAUGCCUCCUCUCCCCCCUCCCUCCAUCCAUCCCUCCCGCCCUCUUGGUUGUCUCCAGUGUUUGGGUGCUGUCGGGAUAGUGCCCUUCCUGCCCCCUCCCUCCCUCUGAGUCUAGUCUGCAGGAAAUAAAGGGAUUCAGGAGGAGGUCUGCAGUGUCCUGUGGGGCCUUGUGGUUUUCUGGGAUAGCAGGAAGUGAUUGAAAAGCCAAACAGGAUCCCUCUGAGCAGACACCAAAAAACAAACUCAGAGAAGCUGUCAUUGAGGCGGAGAAGAGAGUUGGCCAGAGGCGGGAUAUAAAAAACUGAGAAUUCUUGACAUCAAAGUUCAAUGACUGAUGAUGCGAGGUUAACGUGACUGCAAACGGCAGAAAGAUUCGCCCAAAACUGAAAUUAAAUAGAAAUCUGCAAAGACGACAAAGCCAGAUAAGAUCUUUAAGAUAGCUUAAAGAGAUGAAAAAAGAAAGAGAACCUUCAAAGUCAAGAAGAAACAUCCUAAACAGUCACACUACACUAAAGUUUUGUGGCCAAGGGUGAAAAAAAAAAAUAAGUAGAGAGGGAAGAUUUCUUCUUUUCACAAAGCACUUCCAGAAAAAGUGGAAAACGACAAAAAAACAGAAUCAAAAGUUUGGCAAUAAAGAUACAAAACUGAAUUUAAAUUCGAGUUGAGAAAACGAAUGUUGUCAUGGAUAAACUCGACGUUUGCUGAGUGGUGACUUAGUUUCAGGGUUGGAAACUCUUUUCACUUCCUGGUAAAGACUAAAGGCUGUCUCACCCUGUAUGUUGGUUUACUCAUAGUAACCGUAUAUCUAUAAGUUUACAGAUGAACCUUUACAUCAUGCUAACUUUUGGAAACGUUAUAGAAGUUGACUUCCACUCUCCUGAAGAUGAACCUGAAAUUAUCGACUUCAGAUGUCUCUUCUGUCUUGCGAGAUGUUUUAGAUGACUGUUGUUGGUGCUGUGCUGUUCUACCAGGGCUUAGAAAGAACUUUUUUUACUUGUUCGCAGUGGUGCUCCUUACUAAAAAAGUUUGAUGUCACACAGUGAAAUGAAACAGGUUAUGAGAAUAUACUUUUUUAUUAUUCUGAUCUUUAAGUCUGUUUUCUGCCAUUCUCCUGCUUUCACAAUAUUCAGACCAAAAGCCUGAACACAGCACCCAAAUAGACACCCAUAUUUCUCCAUAACUGCUUGGCAUUUCAUUAGCUUUGGACUGUCAGCUCAUAAAUCUAUCCUGUCAGCUAAAAAGCCAGUGUCAGUAUUUUGUUUGUGACUUGUUUUGCUGCCCCCAGGUGGCCAGGAAUCAUUAGUAUACUCAUGCAUAAUUAUUUUAUCUAAAUUGAAGCCAGUACGGCAAAUGCAUGAAUGAAACUGCAGCCAGCAGCUAACAGCGUGGUCUCUUUUUUUGUUUGUUUGCUGAAGUCGUUACUUAUGGUCAAAACUUCUAUAAUUAAAAGCAUUUACCUGCAGCUUAAUGAGCUCUAUGAUGGAAGAAAAACAUUUUAAUUUUAGGUUCCUCACCAGCUUGUUUUCACUCACUAGUGUUUAGAUCUGGCUGUCUUUCAGCCUUUUAAUUUUAACUGUUUUCCUUUAGUAUAUUUACUUAAAUAAUGAACAACCAACCGUCUUUAGCUAAGUGAUCAGGUAGUGAGUUUCUAUCACAGUGCCUGUUCUCUUCUCUCUCUCUCGUCUGUUUCUAAAAUACAAACUUUUAGAUUCCUGCUAUGAGCCACUUUGGCUUUGUGACCCUGCACCACCAACAACAAUGCAGGGAUGAGUUUGCGGAUCUAUUUGCAGAACCGUUCUGUGAAAAAACAAAUAAAAUUAGCUUUAGCCGCAUCUUUCUGCGAAAACAACCAGACUUCUUCCAGGUGAAGACUUGUAUGAAAACAUGAGGGAGGUGUGUUGCCUCCUUUAUUCCCUCCACCUCUCUUUGUCUGUCAGCGAUCAGGGGGGUCAGGCAGCUGUUUGACUGGAUGUGCGUCCCAGAUGACCUCAGUCGGUGUGUUUACUCCUCAUACUCCACAGUCAGCAGAGGACACAGAGAGAACUCUUCUUCUCAGAAAGCUUUUUUUGAGUUGUUUGGCUCUUCUCUUGUUGUUUCACUCCACUUUUUUUGCUUACUUUUCCCCGUACUUGUAAGCUUGUUUAUCUUUCCUAUUUGUACAUGUAGGACUCACAGUUGUUGUCUCUCUCUCUCUCUGUCUCCUCUAGUCGUCAGAACCAGUUGAAGGAUCAGGCCCAGCAGGCUCUGGUGUCCCCAGCUCAGCUCCCAGAAGAGGCCGAGUGCCUCACGGUGCCCAAGUACAAGAGGGACCUUGUUCAGAAGCUCAAGAUCCUCCGCCAGGAACUGUCCCAACAGCAGCCUCAGGCCGGCCACUGCCGCAUCGAGGUGUCCCGUGAGGAGAUCUUCGAGGUAAGGAACAAGCUCAGUCAUGUCAUCGAAUCAUCGGAAAAUCACGAGGGACGUCUUUAAUUAGAGAAACUCAAAGGGAAGUUCAGGCGUCACAGCCAAGAGUGUGAUCAAAACAUAUUAGAAACACGGCAGAGAAAUAUCUAAGAAAAAUAAUGAGAUCAUUUAUUAUCUUCCUCCAUUUCAAGUUAGAUAACUCUUCCCCCGGAAAUAAUGGUGAUGAAUCAUAGCACUUUAAAAUCUUCAAAUCAAAUGGUUCAGUCGCUGUACUGCAGACGGUCAGCAGGUAGAGCUCCCAAUGUUUUGGAGUCACUUUUGAGGAGCUGUCAUGCUGCCCCUCUUUUCCUGCAGUCUCUGGCUGCGGCUCAUUGCCCUUGAAUUUCACAUUUCGGCCGCUCACUUGUGUUUUAGUCUCGUCCACCAAUGAUACACAGUGAAUAUAGUGAAUAUGAGACAUCCUUUUCCCUGCAGGGUCACCAAAAGCGACACCCGUUUGUACAGAUACUGAUGUAUAUGUGUGCCAUAACAACUCUGAUAAAAUAGGACAUGAAUCAUAUCAUAGAUUAGAUCCAAAACUGAAGAGUUAAACUCUUAUUAUGACAUUUAUGCUCUUGAUUCCUUUAUUUUGUAUGUUGAACACAAGGCUGUUUCUGUCAGGGAAAAGAGUUCACUGUUAUAACCUGUUGUGCCCACAUACAGUACCAUCAGUGUCCACUAGAGGGCCCAGACUUUAGGAGUUUGUUAUCUAAACAGAGAAAAUAGAAGAUUUUUACAGUUUCGGACAGUUAGCAGACUAUCUCUUCUUAUUUAUAGAAGCACUUAAAUCAUAUUAAACCUCCUUUGAAGACCCUCCCAGCAUUUUCCUCAGAGAAAGGUUUCUCUGGAUUCACAGCACUUUGACUGUUGAAAUGAUCGCUCUCGCUCACACGUUUAUCAAUGAUGUGUGAAUCCAGACUGUUCGAAAUCUAAAGCAGACCUCUUGUUUGAGAUGAACACGUUCUCCAGCACAUUUUUUCAGCCGGGGAGUUUUUUCUUCUUCCUCUCCUGCACAUAGGAGGUGCUGGGCCUUCAUCAGAGCAACAACACCUGCAGCAGACUGCGUGACCCUCGUAAAAUAUGCACUGGAAUGUGCUGGAACAGUCGCGUCUGUUAAUCUGAACGAAGACAUUUUUGUUGGCUGAUCUCAACUCGGAGGAGGGAGGGAAAGAGAGGGAGGGAGGGGAGGACGUCUCGAGGUUGAGCGAGACGGAACUGCAAAGUGUCUCCAGACCAGCUGAAGCGUUACUUUGUGUGACUAAAGAGGAAGAGUGUGAGCUGGUGGACUGUCAGUUCAGUCUCUGUACUUUUCAGCAGCGAUAAGACGUUCCCAUUUCUCGCACAGCUCCUCUCUGCUGUUGUAUCUGGAGGGCAAACCGGAGUGUUAUUAUAGUCUCACGGCUGUGUUUAUUAUAACUGCCCCUAAUCCACUUUAAAUGAACCCUCCUCCUGAGCUGUCAGCAUGUUGGACGAACACUGGUCUUGAUGGGGGGAUUUCCACCUCAUAACUUGGAAUAAUGGCAACAAUAUUAGCAUUUUUUUUAUAAGAGUUCAAAAAGCGCUUUCCAUAAAGUGAUAACACAAAAAGCUCUGCGACUGAUUCUUGUGUCUCUUUGCGUCUGUGUCGCAGGAAUCGUAUCGACAAGUGAUGAAGAUGAGGCCAAAGGACCUGUGGAAAAGGCUGAUGGUGAAGUUCAGAGGAGAGGAGGGGCUGGAUUACGGCGGAGUUGCCAGGUGAGAAUUCACAGCGCAGCAUCAAACAUUGAGCUCAAAUAAAAAUAGAAAAAUAUCAGAUUAGAUUAGAUACAACUUAAUUUAUGGCAUCAUAAAGAAGAGUUGAUGCAGUGAAGAUAAGGUGGUGGCCCAUGAUGAAGAUGUGAUAACAAUGUUUUUUUUUUUCAUGUGUGAACUCAUCAUGAAAACUUGAAAAUGUUCUUCUUACCCUUCAUUUGUGAAUUUCAUCACACCUCAUCACCUCCACAGAGUCUGACUCUACAGCUGUUUUUACAUGCUACGUGUUAUCACAUAUGUCUGCCUGUUGUUCUCCGUGCAGGGAGUGGCUCUAUCUGCUGUCGCACGAGAUGUUGAACCCGUACUACGGCCUCUUCCAGUACUCCCGCGAUGACAUUUACACCCUGCAAAUAAACCCUGACUCUGCUGUCAACCCUGUGAGUCUCAGUUAGUGACAGAAAAAAAUGUUGUCUUAAAAUGCUUGUGUGUGUGAGAGAGUUUGACAGACGUGAUCAGAGACGAGACUGCAAGACACCAUUCAGGGCUUUUUGGUGCAAAAUUGGUUUGCAGCAUCCUACCCUGAAUCUCAUGAACACAUUCAAGACGACAAUCUCCAUAUGAAGCAGUAGAGUUGUCUUGAUGCCAGAAUUUUGAACUUUAACAGCUGAACAAUAUCGAAACCAGUUUGACGAACAAAACCUGAACCGAACAUUCAUCCACACCACAGAUGGUUUAACAGCUAACAGACUCGACCUUGUGCACAGACUCUUACCAGCUGAUGUCUGUCCUGUUUCCUGUAUCAUGAUGGAUCAUCUCAGAAAAAAAAAAACACUUUUUUCUUUCUUCUGCUGACUCACUGCAUGUCUUUUCACUCAGAAACUGAAGCUGUUCUGUCUCCCCGCAGGAGCACUUGUCUUACUUUCACUUUGUGGGCCGCAUCAUGGGGAUGGCGGUGUUCCACGGUCACUACAUCGACGGAGGCUUCACUCUGCCUUUCUACAAACAGCUGCUGGGGAAACCCAUCACGCUGGAUGACAUGGAGUCCGUGGACCCGGACCUGCACAACAGCCUAGUGUGGAUCCUGUACGUGCAAGAAACAUAGUCAUUUACGGUGCUGACUGUCUGUGCACAUGUGAAGUAGAUGAAGAUUUGUGACUCAGAGUUUACAACAGAUUCGACUCAUUAUUUCAGUUCUUGUGUAAAAAUGAAACAUGGUACAGAACAUAAGGAGUUGUUUUAUUGGAAUAUAAGCCUCCCACACUGUGAUGACAGCGCCCCCCCAGGGCUCGUUUCUUUUUUCAUCAGUAGACCCUUAGCUAAUGCUUCAGAAUAAGAAUGACGAAGUAAAACAGGCAACAGAAAGAGAAAUAUUCAAAAUAAAAAGUUAAUUUAGGACUUUAAAGUAAGUUUUUGAAUAAUAACUAAAUCGUGCCGUAUACAGUUUUUGCAUGCUUACUGAUUCUAAACCUAAAAACCUCCUGAUGGCUUUUUAUGCACUUUAAGGUCAGUGUAAAUGAUGAUCUCUCUGUCUUCAGGGAUAACGAUAUCACAGGUGUGCUGGACCACACCUUCUGUGUAGAACACAACGCCUACGGAGAGAUCAUCCAGCACGAGCUGAAGCCCAACGGGAAGAGCAUCCCCGUCACCCAGGACACAAAAAAAGAGUACGUGCGGCUCUACGUCAACUGGCGUUUCCUGCGAGGAAUCGAGGCUCAGUUCUUGGCUCUGCAGAAAGGUUUCAACGAGGUCAUCCCGCAACACCUGCUCAAGGCUUUCGACGAGAAGGAGCUCGAGGUACGCGGUUGUUAGCUGAUCGUCUCAUUUCAGAUCCCUCUCCUUCAACUCUCGAGGAUUACAAGCUGUUUUUGAAAACACAACCUUGUCUUUUUCACUGAUGUCACGGUCUUUUGAGAUCAUUAUUCACGUUUUUGAAGUUAAAACUCUCGGCAGAAAACUAAAGAUGAAGCAAAAUAAAUAAAAUGCUUUGAAAGACAGUAAAAAUACUGGGAUAUUAUCCUGGAUUAUGCUGGAGUUCAAAAUAUAAGAAAAUGCCCUAAAGACAAACAGCUCUAAUUUGGUAGUCAGUGCUUCUCGCUAAUUUAAAUAAGGAAAAAAAACUGAGUUUAUGUUUUUACUUUUUGUCAGGGGGGUCUCUUUGUAAAAACCUGCGUCAGGGGGUCAAAAAUGUGAAGGUCCUGAUCUUAAUCGAGGGUUCUCAUAUAAAGAAAUUCUGCACAAAUGUGUCCUAUCUAUGAAUGCUGUCUGUACUCUCCAUGGUGCUUGAUAUAUCAGCAAUCUUUCAACAAGACAAGCUCACGGCUUUAAUAAGAAAAAUAGCGGAGGAAAUACAAAAACAAACAUUCUCCAGAGGAAGAAAUCUCAAAGUUCUGCUAUAAAACCGCAGAACCAAAAAGCUGCAACAGCUGUGAGGAAAAUUACUCUAAAACUUUAUUUAUUUAAAUUUGUUUGAUCAGGAAAAUCAUGAUUUAACAUCUAAAAUCCAGAGCAGAUCAAUGGGGUUGAGAAGGUUAGGUGGUAAUACUGAGCUUUACUAACGUCCCUCUUCUUCUGUCCUCCUGCUGUAGCUGAUCGUGUGUGGUCUGGGUAAAAUCGACAUCAACGACUGGAAGUCGAACACGCGGCUCAAACACUGCACUCCAGACAGCAACAUCGUGAAGUGGUUCUGGAAAGCCGUGGAGUCUUUCGAUGAGGAGCGCAGAGCCCGACUGCUGCAGUUUGUCACCGGCUCCUCCAGAGUUCCCCUGCAAGGCUUCAAGGCCCUCCAAGGUACAAAAAGCCUCGACGCAGACUGUAUUCUUAUGUUAACACCGUUUUUGCACCGUAAUGGCUGCUGCUCUGCAGGAAUAAGCUCCUCAAGUGUCUUAGUGUGAACCAGUGAGACAUGCAGCAGUUAAAAGGUCAUGAAAACCUGUAUGCUAAUUGAUGUCAGGUCCAAACAAAGGUGUGGUCGUUUUACAUGCGACGUUCUCAAGCUCUGUCAGCACCAUUCAGGCUGCGUGUGUUUGCAUGGAUCCUCCUCGAGCGUCUCUGCCUCUUGGUUUCCUGAGAUGACCCCUGAGUGUGGGCAGUGAAGUGGUUCCAGUGGGCAGACAGUGCUGCCCAGAGACAGAGCGCUCAGGCAUGAGGAGUGUAGCGUGAUCCACAGACAGACAGACAGACAGACAGACAGACAGCAUGCUUACACUCCUUACUUGGUCAAAUAAUCAGUCUAAGCCAGAAGAUCUAAAAACACACCUGAGCACACUCUCUGCCUGUGGUAUUACCGAGAAUCUGGAGGGGAGACAUUUUUCCCUUCAUUGAAAAGAUGUCUGAUCUCAAUCUGGCAUCUGAUGGUCCACCUUUUUUUGCAUCUUGACCUCAGAAAAAGAAAUGAGAUGUUGCAAGAUUUCUUUAUUGUGCCAUCUCACCUCCAUGCUCAAGUCUAAAUCCAUCUCUAAAACAGAAAAAUGCUCCAAAAAUCAGUUUUUCUGUCUUUUUGUUGAUUCUAAAGGUAGAAAGAAAUCCUGCUUCAGUUUUACUUACUCUCUUGUGUUUCCCAGGCGCUGCUGGCCCACGACUCUUUACCAUCCAUCAGAUUGAUGCCAGCACCAACAACCUGCCCAAAGCCCACACCUGGUGAGAAAACCGCCCAAACUAUGACAUUUUCAACUAUUUGAUCCAAGCUUUAGCAAAACCCAUUUUCUAUUUUGCUUAAAGCUUCCAUGCAAAUUUUUUUGACAAUAAUGAAAGAGGAUGAAAUUAAUAUCGAUGCCUUAAAUCCUGAUUUUAAAAUCUGUUCUCUCUCCCAGUUUUAAUCGGAUUGACAUUCCUCCCUACGAGCACUACGACAAACUCUACGACAAGCUGCUCACUGCCAUCGAGGAGACGUGUGGCUUCGCUGUCGAGUGACUCGCUGAUGACUGCAGAGCUCAGCAACAUCCAGAAGCAACACAGUUUGGUCCCGAUGAGUCCCCUACUGAUAAACCUGCCGCUCAGAUCAGACGGGGGGUUCACACUCAGUUGCUUCACCCAGGGCGUGCACGCUCUCACCUGGGACAUGUGGCCAAGCUAAAGGAGGGCAAAGAAGACCAGAAAGUGUCCCGUGACUUUUAAAUUUUCAGACCUUCCAGCCCUCCUCUGUGUCUUUUUUUUCAUCAUUGGACAGGAUCUCUUCAGCUGCUAAUAACUCAGACUAUCUACUAACUUGUGGAACCUGCUCUUCCCUUUUUUCUAAGUUCAUUUUAGCGUUUAAAAACAGACUGUGUACUCCAUGUAGCAACGCUCCAUCUUCCCAAGCAAGGUCAGUCCACUCUGAAGUGUCAGAAACGAGACAGGUUUGUCCGGUUCGGUUGGUUAGACUAAUUAACGGUCACAAACACUACAUUUGGAUGCAGAGCGUGCAGGACUCUGGAUGUUUAGUGCUUUCGGGUGCAAUCAGAAAAAAACGCCAAGGCUGAAAAUCAGGAGAUGAAAAGGCGAGACCAGACACUGAAUCAGAGCCUGAAUGUUUACAACCCUCUCCAAAGACAGCAGCAGGAUCUCCUGCUCCUGAGACGCCGCCCAACUACCAACGCUGCAUUCCCACAAACCCAUUUCACACGUUCGACUGCUACUUUGUUUGAAUAAAUGCAUAGCUUAAAAUGUGUUAUUUUUAUAUAACAGGGGAAAAGGAAACAAUAAAAUUCUAUAUAAUAUAUAUAAUUUAUUGCUGUUAUAUUUCAGAGUCCCCUUUCCACUGUUCCAGAUUAAAAAAAACAAAACACCUUUUUAACGUUUAAACUGUCAAAGACGAUUUGUGAAACAGAUUUAAGCUUGACUGAAUCUCACUCUGAAGAAUGCUGUCGUCGAUUUCGCUCAUAACCUCUCUCACUCUGCACCAGGAGGGGUGUGUCUUAAAGGGCAAAAAGGAUCCGAAAUAAAACGUCCUCUGUGUGCCAUGAACACUUUUGAAUGAAUGAAUGAAUUUUUGCUAAACUAAGCAGACCCUUUAAAAUUCUGACUUCAUCCUGGGGAUACAUUUAUCGACGUGAUGUUUUGAAACGGUCCAUCAUUUGUAGCGGGGCUGUUAAAACAUCACUCACACAAAGAAAAAAAAAAACUACCAUGCAAUUUUAGUUUUUUUUUUAGCACAGAGAAAAGGGGCCACAUCAAGAGGUUAAAGGAAGAUGUACAUUUACAAGAAGUGAGAUAUUACAGAAAAAGUGGCAAACUUAAUCUUGUUAAAUACUCCUUAAAUGUCUGACUUUAUCCUCGAUAAAUAACUUUAAAGCUACUGUGAAGAACCGUCUGUUUGGCCGCAGGGGGUCCCAAAGUCAAGACAAAGUCAAACUUCUUAUCGACUGCUAAUUUCAUAUAAGAAGUGUUCUCUAGUUCAAAAUCUCAGCCUGCUUUCUGACAGAUAAAUUUAUCAGUCAUCAAAAUAUUUGCCAUAAGAAAAGUAAAAUUAUGAGUUUCUUCCACCUCAGUGAAAGUCAACAUACCUGGACCCACUACCUUCUUAGUCAUGCAGCCAUUUAAAGUCAGCAACACAUUUAAUUUACGUCUGUUUUAUAACCAGUUAAGAAGAACACUCACAGUAGCCUUAAUCAAACAAACUUAAAAGUGUAUUCUCAAAAAUUUACAUCUUUUGUCUUGUUAAUUUUCAGUUACAAAUGUUUCCAUAAUCAUUCUCAUGAAAGUUAAUCCUCAUCAAUUAACAUUUCUAUUCUUGUAAAUGUAUGACUUUAUUAAUAAUGGGACUUAAAACCUGUGAAUUUACAACUUGAAUGUUGUAAAUUUAUGAUUUAUUUUACCUCCUUUACUUGCAAUUUCAUGUUUUAUACAGUUUUAUUCUUGUAAAAGUGAGGCUUUUUGCUCUUUAAUUUACAACUUUAUUCUAAAAAUUAAUAAAUCUAAAGCUCGUCUGGGAAACUUUGGGUUUGUGUCCAUUUUGGCGCCCCCUGUGGACAAAGCAGAGCUUUAACCUCAUUCUAUUUCUAUUCCAUUUUUGUACUUUUGGUACUUAAAUCUGAAGUUCUCCGUUCAUCCUCUAUCAGAUGGCCCUUGUUCUCUGUCAGUUUUCAGUUCAGAGGAGUCCAAAGUCCUCAUAAAGACUCUACUACCUUUUCUCCAUGUGGUGCUAAAAAGCGUUAACAUUUGUCUGUUAUUGGCGACCUUUUUCAUCCACUUACUACUGCUCAAAGUGUAAAUCACACUACCUGUUUGUGGCCACAAACACGGCGAGAAACUACGAGCUCUACCUUUCCACAUUCUCAGGAGACUCUGUUUGUAGUUUGUGACGUCUUUAUGAUUUCACACCUGAUGAGAAGCUAAAUUUGCGUUUAUUUCCUGAAUGUUACAGGGUGGAAAAGUCUGAUAAUUUGUUUAGUUUCCCCCCUCAGCUGACCCCAUGAGAACAUACAUUGUUGCAUGUGUCCUUUUGUGCUUUUGGUUGAAAGGGAACUGAAUGAGUCAAAGUGCUUCACAGCUCCACCUGUGUUGUUUUUAUUCAGCCGGAUUGUUUUCUACCAUUUAAAAAAAAAAAAAAAAAGAAAUCCUUGAAUGUUUUCAAAAGAUGCUGCCUGUCUAGCAAUCUCUACGACCGUGGACUGUUCUUAAUGUUUGCAUACACUACAAGAAAAAAAACAAAACUGUUUCUUUUAUGUAAGACUAAUGUGUAUGCAAAGUGAAAAGUGUCCUCAGAUGGUGCUUUGUACAGUAAUUAAAUAUUGUUCAUAUAUGUGGAUCAAACGACCUGUAAUUUAUCUUUAACUUAAGUAGGUUUUUCUUGAGAUGAAGAGGAAUUGCACACAAACCGAGAGGAGAGUUUGACGGUGACUUCUGUAACACUUCUUCAUCUGCCUUUUUUGAGUCCAGUGCACACGCUGACGGCCCCACUGUCUGUUCCUUUAAACCCCCUCCCCUGUGUAGCUGCCUCUCAUUGAAGACCCGGCUUUUUACUCACAGCUGAGAGACGCCGCUCUCUCUCUCUCCUUUUUUUUUUUUUGUUUUUUUUUUUUUUUCAAUAGCAUGAUCCACUAGCAGGACUAUAUCUCUCAUAGCAGACUGAUGCAAUUUGAUGUAUGUUAACACUAUCAUUUUGUAAGAGUAUUUUAUUUUUGUGUUUAAUUAGUUCUAAUUAAACUUGCCUUUGUCUAACAAUGUAAGGCCUUGUACAAAAA